AUGCAACCCAUCAGGUAAUAAAACUUGUGAUCAGAAAGAAAGAAAAAACCCCUUACAGAUUCACAGUGGCAACAAUCACAACUCCUAAAGCAAAAGCCAAAUAAGGUGUCGGACAAAAAGCUGAGUGCUGGGUAGGUGCAGUUUCUUCUUUCUUUCUAAAACCCCCCUUCUUUAAAAGUGCCAAUGAGGGGGCCUAAUACGCCUUCCUGGGGAGGGAAUUCCAAAGAUUUGGGGCCACCACUGAGACAGUCCUGUCCUCCACCCCAGCUACUUUUUGCAUUAUUACUGCCGAGGUCCUAGCCAAGAGAUUGUCAUGCCUUUAAUCCCAACGUUUUAUAUAUUAUUUAAUUGCAUUUAUUAAUCGCAUUCCAUAAAACAUCUCAAAGCGAUUUCACGUCUUACAUCCCCCCUUUGAAAGGCCUAAUAUUUUAAGUGUACACUCACUUUAUACUUUGUGGAGAUGGAGGGGCAGAGAGAGAGACAGAGAGCACUUCUCUCAUGAACCUCAUAUGAUGGCUCUGGGCAAGUGGGAAUGAAGAAUUAAAGACUUUGCUUGACAGCAGAAGGAGCUGUGUAGGAACUAAGAGGCAAGUAGCCCAGAAAACAGUGUGAAUGCGCAGAAUUGAAGCUGAGCAGGUUCGAUUCAGCAGUAAAACAGCAUGAAAGGAAGUCUGCAUGAGCUCUCAGUUAAGUGCCUUAAUUCCACUAGCAUGCUUUGAGUAAAACUUGAUUGUAUACCACCCUGUGCUGCUUUUGCACAUGAUAAUGCUAGUGUGUGUGGGAUCAACUGGUAGUGGGUUUGGGUCAGACAAAAGACAAGCACUUCUCUGUUCAGUCUCUCAUUAGCUUACACAAUUCACUACAAAAUGUAGUGUUGGCCCCUGCCUUAGACGGCUUUGUAGAAAGAUUUGCACCAAUUCAUGGAGACUGUUAGCCAUCAAGGCUAGCUCAUGUGCCCUGGGACUCCCAACUGCCACCAACCCCAUCCAGCACAGCCAGUGGUCAGGGAUGAUGGGAAUUGGAGCCUCACAGCAUCUGGGAGGCCCUGGGCUGGCCCUCAAAUUGCAGCUGUGGCUUGCUGCUACCAUUACUGUCUGUUCUUUGAGGAGCUGGAUCGAGUUGAUGGAGGAAGGCAAGUCCUAAUUCAGACCCAUCUUCCAUUCACCUUGAGUCACCUGGGCUCUCCCUGCCUCUUCUUCAACUCUCCAAGCCCUUCCAUCAGACAGUGCUUUGUCUGGUGCCAUGGUUUGGGAUCCCAUCAAGUGGUCGGUUAUUUCGCAGUGGAGACAAACCUCCAAUUAUUCAGACAAGUUCGUAUCUGGUCACUUGAACCUAAUUGCUCAGCUAGGGGAGAAACUGGGCUAGGGACAGAGAGAGGGGGGCACACAAAUUAAUUAUUACGAUUAUCAUCUUUAAAAUGGCAUUGCAAAUUAAUUAGUCUGUGGUAGAGCAUGUACUUUGCCCACAAAAGUUCUCAGAUUCAUCUCUGAAAAAGAGGGUACAGAUCCUGCACCUUUAAUAAAGGGGAUUUCUGCAAGCAUAGCUAGCCAACUGAAAUUCCCUCUUCUAGACAACUGGCAAGGAGGAGCCCUGCUCACCCCACCCCUGUUUUUAUUAGGUCUCCUUUCCCCAGGUACGUAUGGGAAGGUUUCUUGCCUAAACCCCAGGAGAGCUGCCUCCACUCUGGUUGACCCGUGCUCUGGUAGAAAGCAGCUCCCUGCGUUCGUCAACUGCCUGUUGCAGAACACACUCCAGAUAACUCGGUGUGGAGAGGUAGACCAGUUUGAUGGUGUCCCUAGUCCAGCAUCUGUUUCUUUGAUAUUCAGAGUUUCUUAGGUAUGUCAGGUGUCUCCAGACAGGUGCCCCUCAGACUUGACUCAGUUGCAAUAUUAAGGCCCCGUUUAGGAGCACCCAUGGAAGAGAGAAUUUGGGCUGCCACGGUUUUCCUGACUCCUAGAUGACAAGCUGCGCCUGCUAAAAAUCCAUUUUCUCCAUUGCUAAUCUGGGAUAUCAAGUGUUCUCCCAGUAUUAGCCAGUUUUCCUUGGUACCAAUCUUCCUUUCUCUGUGUUGCAAAGAAAGGAAAUUGCAGAAGGGGUCGGCUUUUGUCCCUUCCUCGCUCUCUUGCCUCACCCCCUGCUCAUUGCAUGUCAGAACAAAGGUUCUUCGAAGGUGCUUAGGUGUCUUGGAGGCUGCCCUUGUUCAGAAUUCAUACCCCCCCCCCCCGCAAGCUAUUUUCAAAGGCUGUUUACCAACUAAAGCUACAGCAGGAGGCUGGGUGACUUGAAGCCAGGGUGAGAUGAGCCCCCUCUAGCGAGGGAUCUUGGAGAACUCCACUUCCCUUAGCUCCAAACAUGUUUACUUGCUAGCAGAGGUUUCAAGACUGUCUCAAGGCAAAUCUAAAAAAAUGUAGUAUAAACACGGACAACUGGGAAACGCUGGCCUGCGAGCGCUCCAGUUGGAGAACAGCCCUUACCAAAGGUGUCAUGGGCUUUGAAGAUACUCAAACUCAGUACGCAAGGGAGAAACAUGCUAGGAGGAAGGCACGCCUGGCAAAUCCACACCGUGAUCAACUCCCGCCCGGAAACCAAGGUCCCCACUGUGGAAGGGCGUGUGGAUCCAGAAUUGGCCUCCACAGUCACUUACGGACUCAUUGUUCAAACUGUGUUUGUGGAAGACAAUCUUACUCAGCUACGAGUGAUCGCCAAAGAGAAGAGAGACUUACUAGCAUACUGUACUCUGUUCUUUGGCUUUGGCCACAUGUUGGCCAAUCACACCUGAAGGGACCAGAGGCGUCUCCUACCCUGGAGAGAGCAUUCCACAAACAGGGAGCCACUGCAGAAAAGCCCCGUUCUUGUGUUGCCACCCUCCAGACCUCUUGUGGGGGAGGCACAUCAAGAAGGGUGACAUCUUUGCCCUCCCUCUGAUGUUUCCAGUAAGGUGACUUGAAACACACCUUGCUGCCUUUUAAGUUGCUAGUGUUUGCACAGCCUCAGGGUUAGAGAAGCUGCAUAGCUACCCCCUUUCCCUGCCGAUGUUCAGAGCAAGAGUUGGAGACUGUGAGGUCCUCUGGAUGGCCAUCAUCCCUCUCCCUUGCCAUUGCUGCAAGUGGGUUGGUGGAACGGUGUGGCUAAUAGUGUCUGGAGGUCCACAGGUUCUCCCACCGCUGCUCCAGAGAUUGACAAUGCAUGGGAUGCUCAGGCUACUUACAAAAGCAAAAAAAGAGAGGAAAGGCACCCCUUAAAAAAAAGGCAAAAGAGGACCCAGAUCUGCAUAUAAUUUGCACGUGCUGAUUUGUAUGUAGAGAUGCAAACUUAGAAACUGCAAGUAUGAUUUAAACGGGAGUACAGCAGACCUCAAAAAGGGAUGUGAGUGGCGCUGUGGUCUAAACCACUGAGCCUAGGGCUUGCUGAUCAGAAGGUCAGUGUUUCAAAUCCCCGCGACAGGGUGAGCUCCCGUUGCUCGGUCCCUGCUCCUGCCAACCUAGCAGUUCGAAAGCACGUCAAAGUGCAAGUAGAUAAAUAGGUACCGCUCUGGUGGGAAGGUAAACGGCGUUUCCGUGCGCUGCUCUGGUUUCGCCACAUGAAGUCAGUUUAUGUAGUCUGUGGGGUGGAAAGCUUUUUCUGGUCACAUGACCCGGACAAACUGCGGACAAACAUCGGCUCCCUCAGCCAGUAAAGCGAGAUGAGCGCCACAAUCCCAGAGUCGUUCGCGACUGGACCUAACUGUCAGGAGUCCCUUUACGUUUACAGCAGACCUCACCCUAUCGGGAAGUUGGUGACCAGGUGACCUCUGGAGUAUGCCUGCUUAGUGGGCUCUCUGGGUGCCAAGCCCCUGCUGCUCGUCCUUUAUCUUUGGUUCCUUCAAAGAGAGAAGCAUCAUCUGUGAAGAAGGGCACAUGACUGCCUGCAACCUUCGCCUGCAGCAGCAGCAGCCACGGAGUGGAUCAGAGCCAGAAACUCUGAGCAUGAGGCUGUCAGGUUCUACGUCAUUGCCAGGAGGACCUUGGUCAAGUAUCCUGGGGUAGGCAGCAGCUGUGGGUGGGUGCCAUCCCCCUGCCAAUCUAAUUCAGCCCUGGAAGUCAGUUUAUGCAGUCUGCGGGGUGGAAAGCAGGUUUAACAGUGGUUAAGAAAGUUAAAUACCUGGGGAUUAACAUGACAGCAAAAAAAUGGGAAUUUAUUUAAAGAUAACUAUGAAAAAUGUUGGGCUGAAGUGAAAAAAGAUUUAGAAAUUUGGUCAAAUUUGAAGCUUUCACUGCUGGGCCGUAUUGCUGCGGUUAAAAUGAAUGUAUUGCCUAGAAUGUUGUUUUUGUUUCAAACAUUGCAAAUUGUGGACAAAAUGGACUGUUUCAAGAGGUGGCAGAGAGAUAUUUCUAGAUUUGUCUGGCAGGGCAAGAAGCCCAGAAUAAAAUUCAAAAUAUUAACAGAUGCAAAGGAAAGAGGUGGAUUUGCCCAGCCAGACCUCAAACUUUAUUAUGAAUCAGCAGCUUUUUGCUGGUUGAAAGAAUGGCUGCUUCUUGAAAACACUGACAUUUUGGAUCUAGAAGGCUUUAACAAUGUAUUUAGAUGGCAUGCAUAUCUGUGGUAUGAUAAGGUCAAAGCACAUAAAGCAUUUAAAAACCAUAUUGUCAGGAAAGCAUUGUUUAAUGUCUGGAUAAGAAAUAAGGAUUUAUUGGAAAAUAAAACCCCAAGGUGGCUGUCACCGAUGGAAGCGAAAGCUCUGAAAAAGCUCAAUAUGGAGGUCAAAUGGCGAAAUAUUGGGAAAUUUUGGAACAAGAUGGAGAUAGAUUGAAACUGCAGAGUUUUGAAAAACUAAAAAACAAAGUGCGAGACUGGCUUCAUUAUUAUCAGAUAAUGGAGGCAUACAAUUUGGACAAGAAAAUUGGCUUCCAGGUGGAAAAAUCAAAAUUAGAAACAGAAUUGUUAGAACCCAAAACUAAGAUUUUGUCAAAGAUGUAUAACUUGCUGUUGAAAUGGAAUACUCAGGAUGAAACGGUGAAAUCUGCUAUGCUCAAAUGGGCACAAGACGUAGGACAUAAUAUAAUGAUGGCUGACUGGGAACAGUUGUGGACCACAGGUAUGAAGUUUACAGCAUGUAAUGCCCUAAGAGAGAAUAUUGUGAAAAUGAUAUACAGGUGGUACAUAACCCCAGUCAAGCUUGCAAAAAUCUACCAUUUGCCCGAUAACAAAUGUUGGAAAUGUAAAGAAACUGAAGGUACAUGCUUUCACCUUUGGUGGACGUGCCCAAGGAUUAAGGUUUUCUGGGAGAUGAUUUAUAAUGAAUUAAAAAAGGUAUUUAAAUAUACCUGCUUGAAGAAACCAGAGGCCUUUCUCCUGGGCAUGGUCGGCCAAUCGGUGUUAAAGAAGGACAGAACUUUCUUUAUGUAUGCUACAACAGCAGCAAGAAUACUUAUUGCAAAGCAUUGGAAGACACAAGAUCUACCCACACUGGAGGAAUGGCAGAUGAAAAUGAUGGACUACAUGGAAUUGGCGGAAAUGACUGGCAGAAUCCGAGACCAGGGAGAAGAGUCGGUGGAAGAAGAUUGGAAGAAAUUUAAAGACUACUUACAGAAAUAUUGUAAAAUUAAUGAAUGUUAGAAUGAUGACGGAUUGAAGUUAAGCGGUUUCUAGCUGUAAUGGUAUAAAAGAAUAUGGAAAAAUUGGUUUUUAAUACGUAAAAAUUUAAUGUUAUAAUAUAUCAAGAUUAAAGAUCAGGAUUAAAAAGGAGGGAAAGGAAUUGCUGGACUAACAAAUUGAAUUGGAAUACAAAAGAGGGAGGUAUGAGGAGGUCCGGGAAACAAGUAAAUGUAAGAGAAGUGAUGAAAAGAUGGAAUUGUUUUUAACUGUUUUUUCUUUUUUGUAUUUUGUAUUUUUCCUUUUUAUUGUUAAUUUUCUUAUUAAUGUAAUCUUUUUCUUUUGAAAUUUUAAUAAAUAUCAUUAAAAAAAAAAAGAGGAAAGCUUUUUCUGAGCCCUGUUAAAAAGCAUCUCUCUGGAUACAGCAAAAAAGCAUGUUUGAGAAAAGCGAUGCCUUUCCCACAGCACGCUGCUCUUCCACAUGGAGGGAUAUUUCACUCGGACGGAUCAUUCAGUUGUGCAGCUGCUGCUUGCAGAAUAUGGCCCAGGAAGAGCUUUUGCAUUGGAUUCUGCAGAGAAUAUCCUGGUCUUCCCCUCCUUGUGUCUCAGGUUCAUGUUCGUGAUUUGAACUGGUGGAGAAUGCAUCAGCUGUGCUCAUCUACUGGCAGAUUUACAGCCUCUGGCUUCCAGGUAGCAGGACUGAUGAAAUUCUCACGCACAGAAGCCUACGUGCUCAAUUUGCUUUUAUAACGAAUCAAUAUUGAAAGAUUCACAAAAGGUCCCUGCUGCCUUUGAUGAAGCUGCCAGGUCAGGGGUAGAUGGUCGCUGGUUUCAAAAUGUGUGUGUGUGUGUAGCGAAGGUCAGGGGGUUAUCUAGGUAGCACUGGAAAGCUUUCUUCUUUUUUCUUCUGUCCCCCCCGCCCCAGAAAAGGAGCUCCAUCUGGCACUGAUAGGCUUGACUAUGACGUGUGUCUGCAAUGCAUCUGGGGCAAUGCAGAGGCCGUGGCCUCAGAAGGCAGAUGGGGAGGAAAGAGGACUGAGGCAGCAAGCGUCAGUCCUGCGCUCACUUACCAAGGAGCAGGUAAUUUUCACACUUACCUGAGUAGGAUGCUCUCCAAGGUUUCCCAGCCCUCCCUCGGGACUGAACCUGGGACCUUCUGCAUGCAAAACAAGAUCCUGGGCCACCAAGCUACAGCUCUCACAUUUAUUGAAACUGAUUUAUUGACAUUUCAUUGAAACUUACUUCCAUGCAAGCAUGCAUACCUUUUGCAAGCUUCUAUUUGGGGUGCAAUUUCUCAGUGUGUGGGGACACACACACACACAGAGAGAGAGGGGGGGGGGAACGAACUCUCAGCUCCAGCUCUACAUGAUUUGCUAUCAAGGCCAUGCCUUCUUCCAAUCAACACCCCCCCCUCUGGGUGUGUGAGGGAUUGUGCCCUGUGACGUAUCUGGAUCAGGUAUGACUAUUCCAUCACUCCAAUGCAGAGGGAAUGCAGAAUGACUUAACCUUCAGAGGAGGUGGCCUGUUAUAUCUCUGUGUGCACCAUUGCAUAGGACUUGCCUACUUCUAAUCAGAGGCCAUGUUCUGAUCAAGGACUCCUGCAGAAUCAGGAGCCGUAGGGCAGUUAAGUCUCACUUUUAUAUGCUCUAAUAAACAGGUGUUCUGGCUGUGAGAAUGAUGAAUGCCCCAUUUUAAUUCAGUAGACAGACGAGUGUGUGCCUCAGCUAUCCUGAAGCUGGGGAGAACGUCAGUCUAAAGUGAUCCAGGAUGAAACACAUUGAUGUCUCAUUGAAGGACAAAAAAACCCCAGGAUGCCACAGAGUGACAUUUUGGAGUUUCUCCACCCCAUCGAGUCCAGGUGCAUUUGAGUCCAGGUGUGGUGUGACUACCAUACUGGUGGAAACAGCCUGCAUAGUAUGAUAGUGGGAUAUUGGCCAAGCAUUACAAGGUUAAUCUGCCUGCUGUGCUUCCCCACCCUCUGAUUGGCCCAGAGGCCUGUGGGCAGAGGACAAGACCAGGCAAAUCAUAGGCAAGCAGAAGGCAGGGUCCUUACCGUGUUCUUUCUAGUAUCAGUGCAGAUUUAAUUUUCUCCCCCAUGUUCUCCCUAGGCCAGGGCUGCCUAAUCUUUAGCCCUCCAGAUGCUGUUUUACUCUGAGUCCCAUCAGCCCCAGCCAGCAUGGCCAAUUGUAAGGGGGGGAAACGGCAGGAGGGGUGUGUGUGUGUGUUACUGCCACUCCAGGGUUUGUAAGCCGAUUUGUGACUCAUGGGAGUGAAAAGUGGCAUAGAAAUAUAAGAAAGGAAAGGAAAGGAAAGGAAAGGAAAGGAAAGGAAAGGAAUCCUAGUCCUGCACCCCACAGGCUGGGGUUGCAUGGUACACGCUUGCAAGGAGCAAGUGCUUAUACUCUGUGAAAAAUAAUAGACUUGAAACGGAUUCUUCAACUCACAGGCCAUUGCAAUUGCCAGCAGACUUUUGCUACACUGAACAGCAAGCUGAGAUUUGGUACAUGUGUUGCCCAAGACAUCCUGGUUCACAUGAAAGUCUAGAAAGGGGAACAUUUUCUCUUGGUCACUUGAACUUCAUGACAUGAGGCUUCACCUGGCGCCAUUCGCACAGUAGCUGGAACGACUGCAUAUAGCAGAGAACACAAUUCUGGAGCCCGCCUGGUCUUAAGCGUGUUGAAUUAGGACUUCGGAGACCAGCGCUCAAAUCCCCUCUCAGCCGUGAAGCUCACUGGGCGAUCUUGUGCCAGCCACUGGCCCUCGUCAGGGUGGUUGUGGAGACUGAGGAAGCAAGUCAUUGUUUGGCAGCAGCAGCAGCAGCCAAGUGGCAUCUUAGGGGGACCCUGCAUAAAACGGCUCUUCCUUGCUUACAAUAUCAGGCCUUGACCGGGCCUUCAGAUGACCUGGUCAUCUAAUGCUUAAAAGUCUCUGUGCAAAGCUGUGCAGGGCGGGGAGACUUGUGUCUCUGGAAUCAGGAUUGUCGGUUCUUGGAGUGCUAGCCCUGCACUUAAUCCACAUACGUCAGUAACUGUGUGGCAGUAAUUGGGAGUUAUUGCAACAUCUAAGUCAGAGAUGAUAAGCAGCAGUAAUCCAGAUUUGGGAAGAAAAUCCAUUGUAUUAACAAUUCUUAGCAUGCCACUGGGAUUUCCUGCUGCACUUUCCACAAACUCUGGGAUUAGAAUGCAUGGUUUUUGAUCUCAUUCUGCCACCUGCUGUUAGAACUCAUGCGCUACAUAGGAACAUGGAAACCUGGCGUACGCCGUUGCUCUCCAUCUGCUUCCGUAUCAUUGACAAUGAGGGCUCUCCACUGGUUUUAGUCAGACUUUAAGGUGCCACAAGAUUCUGUUACACUAGCAGUGUGAAUGAUGCAUUUAUCAUCUCAAGGUGCAAAGUCAGUUUUACUCUAUUGGCUGCCAUUAUGUACAUAACUAAUAAUUUUAUCCUAUCAUGUGCAUAACUAACAAUUUUAUCCUUUCAUGGACUGGGAAUUAGUGGUUGUUCCUGAUUAUUUUCCCCAGGCUAUUAAGGAAGAGAAUAAUAGAAAAUUAGAAUCUUAGAGUUGGAAGGGACCCAAGGGUCAUCUAGUCCAACCCCUCACUGUGCAAUGCAGGAAUCUCAGCUAAAGCAUCAAUGAUAGAUGGCCACCCAACCUCUGCUUAAAAACCUCCAAGGUAGGAGAGUCCGCCACCUUUACUGGGAUUCUGUUCCACUGUCAAGCAACUCUUACUGUCAAAAAGUUCUUCCUCAUGUUUAGUUGUAUUGGACUGAGUCCUACCCUCUGGAGUAGGAGAAGACAAGCUUGCUCCAUCUUCCACGUGACAGCUCUUUAGAUAUUUGAAGAUGACUAUCACUUCUCCUCUCAGUCUCCUCUUUUCAAGGCUAGACAUACCCAGAUCCCUCAACCGUUCCUCAUAAGGCUUGGUUCCCAAACCCUUGAUCAUCUUGGUUGCUCCCCUAUGCAGGGGAAGUGUAGUGCUAUAUACCCCUAGAGGUAUGUGGUGAGCUUGCGGUGGGGCUGGUGUGAAACAAUUUCCAAUUAAUGCCCAAAUAUCAUAACUCCACGAUCACAUGUACAACAUGCAUGCUAGGGAAAUGUGUGUUUUGGGAUAUGCAAAGGCCUGUUAAUAAUGAACUAAAUGGCAGAACAUUUCCUGGACUGUUCCACUUUAGGGUACAAGUGGGAAUGAAUGUUUGUAUGUUUGAAUUUCCCUGCACACAGUCACGCAUACACCCACCCACAAAGAACAGGAGUUCUUCCUAGCCGACUUGCUGCUUUUUUCCUAUGUGCAGAGAGGUUAUUUUGGGAAGGGAGGACAGAGCAAGUUCAAACAUGCAGCAGCCCUACCAGGAACCUGAGGUGCUGCCAUUCGGGGGGAAACUUCACCCCUGGACUCUGCUGAGUCUAUGAACAGCGCCAGGACAUUCUAAGGAGAUCUUUGAUAGUUAGGAGGAAAUCUGUAAAGCAAUAUAAUUUUUCAUGUUAUGUGCAACAAUGGAGAAAAAUCUUGAUCAGCUAAGAGCUGCCUUGGUGGAAUGUGGAACCUGCUGGAGCAGCAACUGUUCUAACGCAUCAUAACAGAACAGAGCUCAGCAAAAACUGCCCUGAAAUGCUGCGACAGUGAAAGCAUCCUCAACCCAGACUCAACAUGAACAGAAUGAGUAAGAGUUGGUGUGUGCGUGCGCACGUAUCAUUUGUUCACUGUAUUUUUUAUCAAACCUUUCCAUCAAGAAGUUCAGGGUGGUGGCAUAACUGCCCAGCCAUCCUCACAACCACCCUGGGAUAGGCUGGGCAGAUAGAUGGCCAUGGUGCGCCCAAAGGCUCUCAGAGAAGCCCUCGUGGAUGUGAAACGGGGAUUUUCACAGCCAAGCCCAAGACUCAAAACACUAUGCUGUCAGUACUGGCUCUUCUACACCAAUAUCUCUUCAUAAUUUUUUCAGUGGAUGAGACUCGCUUCCUACCAAUUCCAACAGAAUAAUCAAGGACCAUCUCUCUCCAUAUGAACCAAUCCAUACCCUGAGACUGUCAUCUGAGGCCCUUCUUCAGUUGCCUCCUCCACAAGAGCUCUGGAAGGUGGCAACAGGAAAACAGGCCUUUUCUGUGGUGACUCCCUGCUUAUGGAAUGCUCUCCCCAGGGAGGCUCGCCUGGCACCUUCACUAAAUAGAGUAUCUUUAGGUGCCGGCAAUAAUGUUCCUCUAUAACCAGGCCUUUGGCCUUUAAAAUGUAUUUGUGGGAGGGAGUUGUUGUUGUUGUUAUGAUAUACCAUAUAUGAUAUUCAGUCACAUACCACAAAAUUCAUGUGUUGCAACUGGGAGGUGUUACCCAACAAACCUGCUUCCUCAAAAGACAACUUUUUUGCAGUAAGGAUGAGUGCAAAUAAUUCGGUGGAUAACUUUACUGUUUCAAACCCAAACUUCCGUUUUCACCACAAUCACGCUCUUCUUCUUUGCAGAACUGAUUGCCAAGAAGCACUUGACACUUCUGAUGCAAAAUGAAAUCUUUGCUGACUUCUUCAACACAUUCCUGAAUCUUCCUGUAAGUUCCCUCUAAUACCCAGUAUAUUUGGCUAUGUACGUAUUACAUAUUAGUGACUUCAAAUUCAGUGAGGUUGUCACCUGCCCCGCUACAUUUCAAGAUGUGUUUACACGUUGCUGCACAAACCAGAGAGCGGGCAGGAAUGCCUUCAUCUGUUGUGCAUUACCUGCUUUGUUUUCCAGUGCUUGCAACACCCCUCCCCAUGCUCCUAUUCAAGGAAGAAACAAAUCCUGGGUCAGCGCCUGGAACCCCUGGAGUCUCGCCUUGUUCAGAGAUUGGGGUGGUGUGUAACAGUACUAUCAUUUUAAAAAGCAAUGACUAUAUCCCAGUAGAAACUAGAGCUGGAGAUGAAAGUAGAGACUUCAUUAAUCAUCUUUUUCUGUAUCUUUCUCUCCAUCUCCCUCCCUCUCUCUCUCUCUCCACAGGUGUUUGGUCAGACCCCUAUUUUCAUGCACAGCACUCGUCAAUGGUAUCUUUGGCCAGAAUUACCAUGCAACCUGGUAAAUGUCGAUAUUUUCCAAAGCUGGCAGCCUUUUGCACAUGGGGAUGAGUGGCAUUGAUGGUAUUGCUGAUAUUAGCUUGAAGUCCCAGGAAUCUGACACAGAAUCAAAUAGACUUCUUCAAUGUGUGGUGUCCAAAAUGCAACUAUUGGUGUUUGGUCUGUGGUAGGGGUGAUGAUUGGAAUUUCUCAUGCUAUUCCAUUUUCCAUCAUCCUGCAAUUUGCUGUUUGUGUGUCUGGACAACCUAAUUUCCACCAAGGCAUAAUAUGAGCGGAAUUCAGACUCUCAUUCAUGCGAAAGCAGACGCACAACUGCCUUGCUGUGUCCAUGCGGAAUGACAAAGACGACUUGCUGAAGUGCUUGCCUCUCUCUGAAGAGCGUGAGCACAACCAAUUCAUGAAUAAGAGAGCUCUGUCUGGUACUGAGACAUCAAAGAGGACCAGAAGGGACAAGACUGACAAGGGACUGGGAGGGGUGGCUAACACCCCAGAGGACAGGAUCACACUUCAAAACGACCUUGACAGAUUAGAGAACUGGGCCAAAACAAACAAGAUGAAUUUUAACAGGGAGAAAUGUAAAGUAUUGCACUUGGGCAAAAAAAUGAGAGGCACAAAUACAAGAUGGGUGACACCUGGCUUGAGAGCAGUACAUGUGAAAAGGAUCUAGGAGUCUUGGCUGACCACAAACUUGACAUGAGCCAACAGUGUGACGCGGCAGCUAAAAAAGCCAAUGCAAUUCUGGGAUGCAUCAAUAGGAGUAUAGCAUCUAGAUCAAGCAUCUAGAUGCCACUGUAUUCUGCUCUGGUCAGACCUCACCUGGAGUACUGUGUCCAGUUCUGGGCACCACAGUUCAAGAAGGACACUGACAAACUGGAACGUGUCCAGAGGAGGGCAACCAAAAUGGUCAAAGGCCUGGAAACGAUGCCUUAUGAGGAACGACUAAGUGAGCUGGGCAUGUUUAGCCUGGAGAAGAGGAGGUUAAGGGGUGAUAUGAUAGCCAUGUUGAAAUAUAUAAAAGGAUGUCACAUAGAGGAGGGAGAAAGGUUGUUUUCUGCUGCUCCAGAGAAGUGGACAUGGAGCAAUGGAUCCAAACUACAAGAAAGAAGAUUCCACCUAAACAUUAGGAAGAACUUCCUGACAGUAAGAGCUGUUCGACAGUGGAAUUUGCUGCCAAGGAGUGUGGUGGAGUCUCCUUCUUUGGAGGUCUUUAAGCAGAGGCUUGAUAACCAUAUGUCAGGAGUGCUCUGAUGGUGUUUCUUGCUUGGCAAGGGGUUGGACUCGAUGGCCCUUGUGGUCUCUUCCAACUGUAUGAUUCUAUGACUUCUAGUGGAUGGGCUAUAAAGCUGAUCACAAUCCUGUCCUUUUCACAUAGCUAUUAUUCUCUGUCCCUCAUCUCCCUUUUUAAUCUAUCUCACCCUCUAAACCAAGGAUAGUCAACGAGGCGCCCACCAGAUGUUAGUGGACCACAACUCCCAUCAUUCUUGACCAUUGGCCAAACUGGUUGGGGCAGAUGGGACUUGUAGUACAACCUUGUCUUGAGGGCAACUGUGUUGGUUACUUCUGCUUGAAAUGUUUCAUCUCUGUCUUUGCUGUUGAGUUUCCUUGACACUGAAUUUGUGGUGCCUGUGGGGUGUUGUGAUACAGCCAGUAAUCCUUUCUGCAGGGUAGUGCCAUUCAAGUAAGCUGUCUUUUACCUCCUUGUAAAGAAAAUGAUAAACCACAAAUUUCUUGGAUGCCAGGAUUUUGCAGAUGUGACCCCCUCCACACACUCUUUUAUUGCUCAUUAAUACAAUUUUUUCUUUAGUGAUGGGUGAAUCUGUCAUUUUCUGUCUCUCCCUCUUUUUCUUUUUCCAAUCUUCAGUUCUCCACAUUUCCACAUCCAUUCCCUUAAAAAAACCACAAAACCCUCAUAAAAUGCCUAAACGUAAUAUAAUGCAUUUUUGUAUGUUACUUUCACUAAUAUAUGCAUUUUUAUAUACAUUUAGCCCAGUAUAUGCAUUCUUGUGCAUGUUACUAGGCCAGAAAGCUGCACCGCAAAAUUUGGAGCACUGAGAAUUCUGAAGGGUGGUUGUGUUUUGGUUCCUGCAUUGUUUCAGAAAGUGCAAGUUAGGGAGGUUCACCUUUAAAUGUGAACUGGUGACUUUCUUCCAUACAUCUGGUCUCAAUUAAGCACAUCAUUUUGGGCCAAUACAGGUAUCAAAGCACAAAGGCUUGAUGAACUGGAUGGAAAAACACCGACUGCCUUACUUCUGCAAAACCAACUUGUGCCUGCACUACCUUCUCUGUGAAGAGCUCCUGAGUUUCAUCCGGUCUCCAGAGGCAGGUGAGAGUUGACAUGAAAUGCUAAAAGAAACAUUCCAGACACUAUCUGCCAGAAAAAACAACAACCAGGGAAACUGAUUGAUUGUCCAAACUAAUGUAGAACCCACAAAAAAUCCCAAGUAUCCAACAAUGAGCAGAUUCCUCGUCCACCUGGGAAGGGAGCCCAUCUAGCAGAAGGAAAACUCUGAGACUAAGCCUCUGCUGCCUUGCAGGAUAUCUUUGGGAGAAUAAAAGGCUGCACAAAUUGGAUGGUGUCUUGUGCGCCUCCUUCUGGCAACUCUUGCAGCCAAGCUGGUGCCACCAAUACACUUUUUGGUGCCCUGCCAACACACCUUUUCAGUGUGUCACUUUGCUUUUGCUCUACAGCGGAGAUGCUGCGGUGGAUCAAGGCUGACCAGUGGCUUCUUGAGAAGUGCAUUGGGGGCAGCCGGGGGAUGUGGCGCUUCCGCGCCUUCAUGCAAGGAAUGGCAGGUAAGAAAAGGGGAAGCGCAGCACACAGAAAUUACACAGCGGGAAACAAAUGGCAACCCAAGACUCUCCACCUCCUCUCUUUGAUCCGUGGGGCUGAACAUCUGUCCAGCUCCUUCUAUCUGAUAAAAACCUGCCUCUGCACACUCUAUCAUUCUCUAAGGGUAAAGAUAUCACAAUUUAAAAAGGCUUGACAGCAAACUCUUUAGCUGUGGUGGGAGCCUCGAUUCCAUUCACUUCUGCAACUUGCAUGAUACAAAUAUAUGUUUGCAAUAGCAACUCAACUUCUGUCUCAGUUGUUUGUCUUGCUGUCUUCCCUCAUGCUGCAGGUGGGUAGCCUGCCCUAUUAAUUGAUAGCCUCCAUCCUGAUAUUUUAAGGAGAAUUCAAGUUGAAUGGUUAAUGUGCAUAACAAGCAGCCAUUGUGUACAUUCAUCAGACCUCCUGGAGAAUGUGCACAUUUCCUGGUCAAGAUGCACAAUCUCCAAGAGACCUUGGGUAAUUUUUCAUGAAUCAAACGAAUUUUGUACAUUAUCUGGCCAUUAUGUAUAAUACCCAACAGGCUUUGGGAAAUGUGCAGAUUUCAGGUGACUCUUGUACAUUCUCCAGCCAACAUGUGCAUAUUCUCCAGUCAGUAUGUAUAGUCUCAGAAAAUAUGCCCCCUUUUCUAUCUUCCUCAGAAGUGUGCAGUCUGUACCCCCUGGGCUGCUUGUCGCCUUAACUCAUGUGGUUAAGGUGGCACUGUGGUCUAAACCACUGAGCCUCUUGAGCUUGUCUAUCGGAAGGUCUGCGGUUCGAAUCCCCAUGACGGAGUGAGCUCCCAUUGCUGUGUCCCAGCUCCUGCCAUCCUAGCAGUUCGAAAGCAUGCCAGUGCAAGUAGAUAAAUAGGUACCACUGAGGCAGGAAGGUAAAUGGCGUUUCCGUGCGCUCUGGCUUCCGUCACAGUGUCCUGUUGUGCCAGAAGCGGUUUAGUCAUUCUGGCCACAUGACCUGGAAAGCUGUCUGUGGACAAAUGCCGGCUCCCUCGGCCUGAAAGUGAGAUGAGUGCUGCACCCCAUAGUCAAAUUUGACUGGAUUUAACUGUCCAGGGGGUCCUUACCUUAUUAAUCUUAUGUGGCCCACAACACACCUUCCCACUGAUCAGCUGAACAACAGAAAGGACUAGGCCUCCAGAUAAAGAAUAAUUCCCCUACCCCUGUAGUCCAGCUUCCUUUUCACUGCUCUCAGCUGUUCCCCAGUCCGGAGAGCAGCACAAGGGGCAUUGCAGGGAGAGGAAUGUUUUUAACCUUCCAUGCCCCUCCUAAGCAAACCAUCCCUGUAUACUUUUAACCUCCCUGUGAGCUUUUGCCCUUUCAGUGGAGCAGAGCCUUUAAAGCAGAAAGCAACCAUUUUGCAAUCCAAGUUUCACAACCAAAUCCCCCACAAGAAGUAGCUGAAAAUCCUAUUCCUUCCCAGCAGGACAUUACAGAUAUUGCCUGGAAUGCGUAGUCCUAACUUUAGGUCUAAUCUACAGGGGAAGAGCUGACCAAGUUCUGGCUCGCUACGGAAAGGAUACUUGGGAUUGACGAAACUGAUGAAUCCCAGCAAGAUCUCUACGAGUCCCUGAUCCAGGUGUUGAUGGCUACUCACUUGCAGGAGGGCUCCACCGUUGUCAUCCUCUGCAACACAACCAUUGGUAAGAGACACACUCUCAUAGUGUCGUGAUGCUGCAAGAGAACUAAUUAUAUAAAUAAAGGUUCCUGGGAACCCCAAGUGCGCCUUUCUAAAUCAGCGACUCCCCACUGCAUCUUUCCAUGAUUCCCCACAGAGUCACCUGCCUGUGAAGGAAACUGAAGUCACCUGUUGUGUCUCUGCAUGUGAUACUGCUUGGCUAGUUUCCUUCAAAAAAGUCCAUUGAGUCUAGCACACUGCUUCCUAAAAAGGCCUGUCACGUGCUCCCAGGAAGCCCGCAAAGAGAGCUUGCAGGCAACAUCUCUUCUUUUUCCUGCUUCUGAACCCAGAAGUUCCAUUUAGCCACAAUGGCUGAUAGCUGUUGAUAGGGCUAUCCUUCAUGACUAUCAGAAGACAUGGCCACAACAGUGACUCCACUCACCCUGGAACACACAGUAUAGACUUCUCAGAGGACAGAUAACUUUUACCCAAACAUGCUUUUUAAAAAAAUCUAUUCAUGCAUAUGAUUGACGUGUAAGUCAGAGAAAAACGUUGCCUCAGCCAUUGGAAGUGUGACAACUUGUGAGACCAUUGAUGGCAUGCACAGAUGCUUUAGCUGAGGUUCCUGCAUUGCAAGGGGUUGGACUAGAUGACCCUUGGGUCCCUUCUAACACUACAAUUCUAUGAUUCCGCCACUGGCUAUUCAGACUCCCUCUUUGAUACAAGACACCAAAUGAAAACAUUAAUAUUUUUGGGUGGAGUGGUGCCUUUUCCCCUUAAUGCAUCCCAUUAUGUGGGGGUGGGGAGUGUCUGAGCACCCUCCAGGCAAUGGAUAGCUAAUAUGGUGCCCUCCAUCACACUUGCCAUCUGACUGCAGCCUAAAACAGCAGUCAUCCCAGAAGCCCAGCCAGUCAGCAGAAAGACCAUUUUCUUCUUUCACAACUCUAUGAACCAUUAACUCCUCUUUCCCCCAAUGCUUUGUAACAUUUGCAGAAUCCCUUCUGAAAAUGACUCCCUACCACCCCCAACACGUCCGCUCUCGGAGGGAAAUCCUGUCCGAGAUGCAAAAAGUGGCCCUGUUCAAGAUCGAAAGCUACUGGCUCCCAAACUUCUACAUCCACUGCAAGUUGAAGAUGGAGAAGGAGCCAGCGUGCCGCCAUCUCCUUGAGCAGUAUGAGGAAAGGCUGCACAGGGCAGGUUUGCCAAAGCAGGCGGUGUCUCCUCGGCCGCCCAUGAGCAUCAGGCAAAGCAGCAGCGAAACGCAGUCCUAUUGCAGCUUGGAAAGCAAGAGGAAGGUCUGGGACCAUGUAACAGGCCAAGGCUACUCUGAAGGAGGGAAGCACAAAGAAAGCCGCAAGAAGAAGUCACGCAGAAGCAGUCCGGCACACAAGAAGCACCGUCAUUCUGCAAGACAUUCUGCCAGUUCCAGUCCUUCUCCAGCAGAUCAGAUCCGGGAUUCAGCAAUGGGCAUUUCUGAUGAAUCGCCAAGCUUCAAAAGCAGUCCAAGCGAAUUCAUGUCCUCUCCUCUGGCAAAUGAGCUUGCUAACGCAAUCACCUAUAAUAAGCUGCGCUCUUCCACUCCUGUGGUCCAGUUCCCUUCGCUGCUUGCCUUAAAAACCCUGGUCAAGUCUCCCAUGUGCUUAGAUUUCCUUCCUUGGGCACUCACUGCCGACAAAUGUGCAGGGCGCCCCUUCCGGGAGUUUUUGCUGCGCAGGGAUUAUGGCCUGGAGGUGCAUCUCCUAGACCUGUGGCAUGACCUGGAGGACUUUUUGCGCAUGAUGCUCUGCUCCCUCGGCGAAGGGAACAUCCUUCUGCGCCAUGUCAUGGGGGAAAGGAUUUGUGAGCUGUACCUGACCCAGAACAGCAACUGGCACCUCCCUUUGAAACUGACAACUCUCAGGAACUUACAAAAUCUCCUUCCUUCUGGACAUGUCAUACCCUGGGUACUGAAGGCACAGAAAGAAAUCUGUAAGGUGGGAAAGCUUGUUUUCUCUCCAUCAAAAUGAAUAGCGGGAAGCAUAUUUGAGAUUUCACCCAGUAAAGUAGGCGUAUUGUAAUCAGAGUCUAGCAUAGACAACAUGCCCUGCACCCCCCUCCCCAAAACAAGGAGGAAUUCCAAAUAUCCAUUCUUUGUGGCCCUGGCUUCCCCACUUCUUUGUGGGAAACAUAUAUGCCCCUCGUAAGCCCAUAACCCCUCCUUUCCUGUAUCCAGAGAUGUGUGGCAGAGGUGCCGCUGGUUUUUCUAGCCUGCUGUAGGCAGCCAGGCACACCAUGUCAGGAAUGCAUGCAGCACAUAGUUAACUCUUUAUUGUCAAAAGUGGACACUUACAGUCGUUUCUAUAGCUCUGAAUGGCCACGCACACCAACCUAGCAUCUAGGCAGCUAUUGCCAGGCCCAGACUCUAGGGAGCAGUUGCAGCAACAGGGGACCACUCCCCCUUUACCAGUUUAUGUACGUUCCCCUGAUGGGCUGUGCAGUUGCAACUGGAGAUAAUGCCUGCAUGGAAGCUUCCUCUGCCCACCCCUCUUCAGUCCCCUCAUGGUUCUGGGAGACAGAGGUGUGGGAGAGGGGGCCCUUCACUUGCCUGACUUGCCUCUGCCGCCUCUUCUUCUUCCAAACCAUCCUGCGCUCCACCUCCCAGCUCUGGAGCUCCCCCUGCCUCUGAUUCUUGCUUCCUGGCUGGUACAGGUUCCCACAAAUCACAGCCCCCCUCUCCUAAGUCAAACUCCAGCCCCCCUUCCCCUGAUGCACCCUGCAGGUCCCUAACACACCACGUGCCUUAGUUGUAUCUGAGAAUCCUGAACUGGCGCAAACUGUUGAGGGUGUAAAAGCCUUGUGAGCUGUUGCCAGUGAACUCUGAGAGAAGAAAUAGGACAGUGGAAGAAGGAGAGAGGGAGGGGGGAGGGAGAAAGAAAGAAAGAAAGAAAGAAAGAAAGAAAGAAAGAAAGAAAGGGGAUUGAGAGGAGGAAGUGCAGAGAGCCCUUAGGAUAGGGAAACAGGAGAUAACAUGGAAUGGAAGCACAGAAAGAAGACGCUGAGGACAACUGAGAGAUGGGACUUUGUGGAUGUUGGAAUAGAAAAGCAGUCGGGGUACCAAAGACAGGUGCAAUCCUGUGAUGGUGCAGAGGAAGAGACAGAACUCACACUCUGCAGUGCCAAGAGAAGAGGCUAAUUUAAUAAGAGGCUGUGUAAGCACUAUACCUUUAAAACGCAUUCCAAAGCACAUUCAUUCUCUCAAAGGAUUCUGGGCACUGUAGUUUAACUCUCACGGAGCUACAGUUCCCAGCAGCAAACUUCAGCACCCAGGAUUCUUUGAGGGAAAGAAUGCGCUUUAGAGGCGAAGUGCACACACAGCCGGGGGGGGGGAGCUGUGGCCCUCCAGAUGUUGUUGGACUAUAGCUCCCAUCAUCCCUGCCCACCGGCCAGGCUUGCUGGGGAAGCUGGGAGUUGGAGUCCAGCAACACCUGGUUCCUCAGACCUGCUGCAGUAGAGGGAAGUCAGCCAUGCUGCCCAGCCUUUUCAGUAGCAAAGCAGCACCGCUUUUUACCUAGAUGUCUUUCCAAGGCUUGUGUGGCAUAGGAUUUGUCGAAGAAGGUAAAGUUCUCUCUCUCACUGCAGAGUGGAUUAAUUGAUUUAAAGAGCUUGCUUGCAGGAAGCUCGAAAGCUGUUGCCUUUUGCCUGAAAUGGAAAGAGUACCUACAUAAGACUCCGUUCUCGCUUUCCGUUUAGAUACUCAGCUUCCUUUAUGAGGAUUUCCUUCAGAACGACGAUAAAAUGUUCCUGUAUUAUGUGGUAAGCUGGAACCACCAGGGCAGUGAGGGGCUCAUGAGGUGUCAGGGUGUGAUCAAAGGGUCAUGUUUCCCCCACAGUUUGGAAUAUGCUGGGUGUUCACCUAUAAGAGAGAUGUGGAACCUGUGGCCCUCCAAUUGUUGGUGGAUUCCUAGCACCCGUUAGCCCCCCAGCGUGGCCUGUGGUCAAGGAUGACGUGAGCUGCUGUCCAACAACUUCUGGAGGGCCACAAGUUUGUGAGGGAAUAAAAUAUGAAUCUCUGUGGACCCAUGUGUGUCGGUGAACAACAAAAGAAAAUGCCUGGAUUCAAAACAGCGGGUUUUGCACACUCUCCUGCAGGUAGAGAGCCCCUGUAGCAGAGGUUAAACUCACAAAAGUUAACCAGCACUAUAGUGUUAGGAAUAUAGGUUGUUAAACCUUUUUAUCCCAUUCUGAGGUACUCACAGCACUUCUCUCCCUACCCCCUUCUGCUGUGAGCAGAUCACACACACUGUUAAGUAAGUUUAAAAUGCUUUACUUACAGUUUCAAGGCCUCAGUCAUGCAUUAUUCCAUGCAGAAGCAUGGAUAAUACAGGCAAAAAAGUCUUGGGUAGAAAAUAGAGGAGAGAGAGUUUUGUACAUGUGCUCUAAGCUCAGAGCUAACUUAAGCACGUCUGUCUUUACAUGAUGCAGAGAAGGAGAGAGGAACAGUAAGACAAGGGUUCACAUCCUCCUUUUCUGGAGGAAAGUCUAGGAACUACACGCUGUGGCACUAACUAGCCCUAUGCUUGCUAGCUGUAUUUGACUGCAAUCUCCAAUUGUUUCCAAUUUCCAAUUUCUAAUCUAUAACAUGGCAGCUGGUCGAAUGACCUUGGAUUCUGUGCUGCAUCUCCUGACGGACACUGCCCAGUCUUGCACCCUAAUGCAGUGGCUUGACUUCACCCCCAUAGCUACACUCCAUUGUCUCUCGAGACAGAUGGAUGUCAACAACACCCCUUUAACCGUCAUGGCUUCCCCUAAAGAAUCCUGGGAACUGUUGUUUAUUAAGAGGUGCUGAGGAGCCCCCUCACUGAGCUACAGUUCCCAGCACUCUUAACAAAUUGCAGUUCCCAGAGGCCUUUGGGGUGAGGUGGGGAGCCAUGGCUGUUAAAGUGGUUAUAAGAGUGUUUCAAAUGUAUGAUGUGGAUGUGACCUUUGCCUGCAGUUCAGCAACUUUCCCAAAGCACAAACAAAGUUAAAGGAGGAAAUGUGGAGGUCGGAAAGGCAUAGUCCCACCACUAUGGAUCUGUAAUUGAAUGCUCGUUGGCCUUUAAUCCUGCUCUCCAUACUUUCACUCUUCACCUGCGUGAUGCACCUUGUCCAUCUGUCUGUCACUGCAGAGCGGCAAGGAAAAGAAACUCAGUGCUGAAGAGCCUUACGAGAAGGAUGAGAAUCGCCGCUUGGCCAGGCGAAUCACGGAGGCCUUGCACCUGUGCCAGACCUUGGCUGGCAUGAGAGACUUUGAGCUGCUCGUGGGGGAACACUGGCAGAUGAUGGGCACUCAGGACCUGGGCCUGGGGGGCUCCAUCUUCAUGGAGGCAGAGCCUGUAGUGCACAAGAUGGGUGAGAAGAAGACCGGCCCUGCAGGACUCACUCAAGAGCAAUGCUUUUUAUUUCCUCUGGCUGAAGACAAGGUUUAAGUUGCCACAGGGGCCGGCCCCUUGGAGCAGAUCUGCGCUGCAUUCUCACGGGGAUUUAGGGCUGAGCAGAAAUGGUCUCCCUGCCCAAAUCCCCCCUGCUCUUUUACAGGGCAGUGCAAAUCAGGAAGGCAUUUUGCUAAAUAUUUAGGGGGGGUGGGGGUGGAGGUGAAAUUCCCACAGCCAGUUUUCUUCAAGUAAUUCUCUCCUGAAACGUUUUUACUUCACAGAGGAUAAAAUUCUGUUGGCAGCUCAUUCUGGCAGAUGAAGGAAGCAAUUGACUCAAAAGAAGUCAUAGUGUUGCAUCCUCCCCCACUCUCUGAGCAAGUGCGAGAUUCCGGGCGCUUACCCAGAGUUUGUCUUUCCUUUUAGAAAUGAAGCUCAGAGGAGACUAUGGGGUCAUUAUGAUAUUUGGUUUAUUCACACAUGCAUACAACCUGAGCGUACGAUGGAGAGGUCCACAGCAUUACCCCACCCCAAAGGAACCUUGUUUUCCCCAUAGCUGCAGCCUUGCAUUCCAGCAGACAUCAAACAUUGCUCUCUCAUUCUCUCUCCAGCUCGCUGCUUUACUUCUGGGUCACAUCACUGCAGCUCUCUGCCUUCGAUUCCAUUUAAUCCCCCAUCACCUCACCAGGAAGCUAGCUUGGCUAUUCCCAGAAUUAGAGGACUUAAUUAGCUUUUAACAACUGCUGGAUCCAGGGAUUAGAGGGGGUUGGCAUUCAUCUUUGUGUGCAAGAUGCAGAGAUGAGCCCUUGGCCAUGUGCAAGGCCAGAGUGCAGAGGGGCUUGCGGGGGGGGGGGGGGCUCAGUUCCUAUGGAAAACGAUAAGGCUGCUAUGACUAACUUUUCACUUAGGCUGCAGUGCUAACGCCAUUGACCUGGGAGCAUGCCCCAUGAAUUCAGUGGAACUUAUUUCUGAGUAGCGGUGGUUAGGAUUGCACUGUUAGUCUCCUAGUCCAGGUGGCAGGAAGUCCAAGGAAACCAAAGUGCUUCUGUUUCAUAGGUGGCAUGUAGGGAGUGUUUGCAUUUAACUGAAAUGACAUAAAACCUUGGACCUGUCUCAGCUGUUUUUAACAAAACCUUUAGCAAUGUGCCGCCACAUAGAAUUGCACAUCAUGUGCUCCAUGGUGGCGCUGCCAGUACAUAGACCCUCUCCUUGCAUGAUCCCUUGUCCUGGCUGUAGAGGACCAAAGAGUGCUUCUGAUCUUCUUCUCCUCCCUGGAGACAGAUUACAGCAGCAUGACAUUUGAGGAGCUGGCCCGGCUGAACCCCAAGAUGGCUGUGGAACUUCUAAGCAAUAACUUCAAGGCGUUCUGCAAAAGUUCCCCAUCAAGUGGUGAGUCCCUGGGGUAUUGGUACCAGGGUAGGAUUUGUCCAGCUUGAGUAGCAGAGACCAGUGGGGGCUGGUGCCUAUUGGGACUGGCGGGGGUGGCAGGAAGUGGAGCCGGAGCCAAUGACAGGCAGAGAGCCAGUUGAAGGAAGCAAAGAGGCAAACCAAGCGCCAGGAGGAACAGUUGAGGGAGUUGGGUAUGUUUAGAGGAGAUGUGAGAGCCAUCUUCAGAUAUCUCAAGGGCUGUCUCAUGGAAGAUGGAGCAGGAUUGUUUUCUACUCUGGAGGGAAGGUCCUGAACCAAUGACUUCAAGUUACAAGGAAGGAGAUUCCAACUAAACAUCAGGAAAAACUUUCUGACAGUAGGAGCUGUUUGACAGUGGAACAGACUCCCCAAAAGGUGAUGGACUCUCCUUUCUUGGAGGUUUUUAAGCAGUGGCCACCUGUCAUGGAUGCUUUUGCUGAGAUUCCUGCAUUGCAGGGGGUUGGACUAGAGGACCCUCGGGGUCCCUUCCAACCCUACGGUUCUCUGAUUCUAGUUCUACAAAUCUGGACUGGUUGUUUAAGUAAGAAGGCUGGCAGGUGGGGCUUGGCUGAGGGCAGGCUGAGGUUCAUGGGGCAGUGCCCUACUCGCCUCCAUCGGAAGAGAACAGAGCAAAGCUAAGGGGGAGCUUGGAGUGAAGAAGAUUAUGGAGCAGUGGCAGUUCUGAGUCUGACUGUCAUGUCUGGUUGUGCUCUGAGAAGGAAUAAGGGUGAAGAAAGAAUGUUUUCAUGCAGGAGAAUUUCAUUGUGCUGAGAUCUUGCAAGGUGCUGUUGUGGUGGUCUUCAUGAGGUCACUGUGGUGGUGGUCUUGAGUGGAGCACCGCUGGCUCGCAGAAGACCGCCUCUCGUGGCUAAUUGUAAGGAGGCUUGCAUUCACCUGGGGCAGCGCUUCUUUUCCCCUGCAGGCGUGUUCAGUCGUCCGUUAUCUAUGAGAAGGAAUCUCCACUGGACCCGAUCAAGCUUGUCCUUCAUGAGGAAGGGGCCUGCCUCAAGAAAGCCCCCUCUGAGGCCCAGGUAUGACAUCAUCGUGCCUUAGAGAUACGACCUGCCACUUAGCUCCAACACUCAGGGCCAAGUCAGACAGGAGGUUCAUUAUGGGGACGCUGUUAUUGCUGCAAAUUCAUGCUCUCAAUCUCAUGUCUGGUUUGGCCCCCACUAGCUGCCCAUUCUGGGCUACCAAGACCAUCUUCCAGUUUGUUCAUAGACUGAGAACAGACAAGAGAUUUUUCAGAGAGUUGAGGCAGAGUGCAGUAUAGGCCAAUGGUCUGCACAUUUUCCAUAACAUCCUCUCUUGUCAAAUAGAUUUGAGAGGUUUAAGGCUGUGGUUCUUUAGACACUUAUCCAGGAUGGAAUAAUGUCAUCUUGAGCACAACAGCACUUAUUUCUGUGAAAACAUGCAAAGGGCUAAACUGCAAAGAUUGCAACACUUCAGAAACCUGCAAGACUGUUUAAACCAGGAGAGAGUAGUAUACAAGAAAUGAUAAGAGAACUAUAUCACACUGUCUUUCGUGAGACUGAGGAGCAUUAUUUUAAACUGAAGUGGAGAUUUUCUUAAAGAGAAUUUUGCAGGUCCCUUUGGGGUUGGGGUUCUUCAUGCAAUGCUGACAGUUCUUAGGAUUCAGUGUCUCGGAGGACAGGGAAGGGUCUCUCUGUCCCUAUUUCCCAUCAUCAUUCACAACCUGGGACCUGUGUACAAAAAUAUGUGAUUUAGGUGAAAGAGCUGAUGGCCUCAGCAGCGCCUCAUGUCUCCUUCCCAUUAUAGGGCGCUCUCAGAAGUGCUGCAGAACCCCAUCCACUUGGAUUACUUCAGGCAGUUUCUCAAGAUGCACAACGCUGAAGCCCCACUCCUUUUCUGGAUGGCCGUGGAAGAACUCAAAAACGAGGGGAAUCCCAGGAUCCAGCGCCUUCAGGUCAAUGACUGCGUCAGGACUUUCUUCUUCCACAGUAUCCCACCCGGUAUGCAAGCCAGGCUCCAAUUGCACCUCACUCUCGCCCACAAGACCCAACACAUCAACUCGCAGGCUAUAGAUACUCCCUUGAAUUGCAAGGUGUGUGAGCUUCCCUUGACCUGUCAAUGACAGGAGCUUCCACCUGCCUUGUGCACCAGCCCUACCCACCUUGGAGACUCCUGGUCUGUGCACCAGGACCCUUGAGGCUGCAGGUGGAGGAAGCAAGGGCAGCAUUCCUGUCCCAGGUCCCCACAUGGCUCUGCCAACCACCCCUGUCCCAGGUAGUUCCUUGGUGCCUCUGGAUCUCAUCUGCUUAAUACUUUCAGGUCAGGCCAGCCCAGGGUCUACCUAAGGAGCAGCUAGGCUCUGCCCUUGUUUGUGGAACUCCCUAGCCUUGAUCAAAGAGAUGUCCAGGUUGAUGCUCCCUGAUUGCUGCACUAUAUGUGGCAGCAAAGGGAAGUGGAUUUGAAGCAGGAGCAUCAGCUCAGAUGCGCCCUUGAAUGCGCAUCGGAAUGAGCGUUGGCAUGCUUGAUCCAUUGUGCAUUCCGAUGUCACUUGUCAAGAUAAACCUCCCUGUGACAUCAUCGUGCUUCUGAAGCUGUCCCUGCUUGGCUGGGAUCACAUAAUGAAAAAGCAAGGAACACUAAUAAAUUGGGGCCGGGCUGCUAACAGCUCCAAAAAUGACCAACGAAUCAGAAGGACCCUCCCUCCCCAACUCGGAUUAUUUUUGUCUCCUCAAAUUAAGCCACUCUGAAGGUCUUCAUGAGUGAAAAUUCAGUUUGGGCAUUAGAUUCCCUGCUUAGAAAGCAAACAAGCAUUCAAAAAAAGCAUUUUGUCAUACAUGUGUGGUGAAGCUCUCCUGGUAAUUUUGGCUGGAAAACACAGACAGGUGGCCAUCCUCUUUGUAUCAAUUACCACUUCUUAAUGAUCUUAAUGUAUUGGACCAAGUUUACUCAGUAUUGCUCAAAGGCAAAAAUAAAUAGAAGACUCUUUUGGAAAGUAUGUCUUCCUGUCCCCCCCCCUUUUUUUUUUUACCCACCCAGAAAAGCUGUUGGAUUGUGAUGCAGAUAUUAUCAGAGAGAUUCCAAGGGCAGCUAAUGUGACUGUUCCCAUGUUGGUCACAGCACAAUUUUUUGUCAUGAAGGCCUUGGAAGAGAAAUGGUGAGUAAACAGGAGGCGCAAAUAUGACCAGCACAGUGGAAUGGGCAAUGAUACAACUGACAAGGCGGCAGCUGGCAAUGAAAGGUUCUGUUCAAAUAUUAUCAAAACAGAACGAUUCCAUCACAUUUAUGACCUGGAGUGUGGUAGUGAUUACUGUGGAAUAACCAGCCUCAUAUAACCAAUAUGUUUAAGUUUAGCUGACACAUUAAGGGGUUAGUACCAUAGAGUAAACUGUCCUGCCAGGCUUAGCUAUGUCCACUUCCCCUCACCUUGGGAAGAACUAGGUAAUCAAGCCUUUGUUCUCCCCCAGUCUACUUGAGAAGUUUAGCGUGUGAAGAGGUUUGAGCUGGUUGCUCCAGCUCAGCUGCAAGGCUCUCACAUGGCUCUCUUGAGUUCCUAUACAAAUAAUUUAGAAUCUUUCAUCAACUUGGAAACUAAGCUACCGGUAACUUUUUCUGCAUUUGUAACUAUUCUGAAGCACAUGAAUCUGACCUUUGGAGAACUGUAAGUAUAUCAUUUUUUAAGUUACCAAAUGUAUGGUCUAUGCUGUGGGAAAAGGGAAACUUUGGAAAGAGACUUUUUAAGGGGACAUUUUGGAACUCACUUUAAAGGGCAUAUUUUAAAUGUCUAGCAGCCUAUAUUUCCACACUUUACUUGGCUGCAUAUUUUGUGACUUUAGAUACCUGCUGGAGUUCUCCCACCAAAGAGUACUUGUCCCAAACUUGGAUCUUGGGACCCAGGAAUUCUCCUGCUUAUAUAGAUAUUUUGCACCAACAAUUACAACAGGGCUAAAGCUGAAGCUUCUUUGGCCAGGGACCAUCCCUUCGCCAUAUCCAACUCUGUGAAUCACCAUGUACAUUGGUUUAUCAAAUUCAUUAUUUAUUUCUUGUUUACAUCUAUAUUGCCUUUCCAAACAAUGGUGUCCAGUUUAUAUAAUCUAUUGUUGUUGUUUAGUCAUUUAGUCGUGACCCCUUGGACCAGAGCACACCAGGCACUCCUGUCUUCCACUGCCUCCCGCAGUUUAGUCAAAUAAAUCUAUAUAAUAUAGAUGAUAUUUGAUAUAUAAUAUAAUCUAUAUAAAUUACCACAUUAAAAAAAAUAAAGAUGGAUUUAAGUUAGAUGUUCAGCAGAGUGCCAUUCCUUCCCAUAAGGGAAGAUCAGAUAGGCUAGUUUUAGUCUUUUAGUUUAAGUAAUCCAUGAUGCUUCAAGGCAAACUGGAUUUUCCUCGCAUUUCCCCCCUUUCUUUCUUUUCUCCCCCUUAAAAUAACAACAACACAGUCUUGUAGAAGGUAAAAAUAAGAUUUACUCGCUCUGAAUACUUGUUGAAGAGAAACAGAUACAGCAGCUUUGUUCAGGCAGGCUUAAAAUGGUAAUCCAGUUACAAAGACAUGUUGUAGUCUAGUUUAAAAUGGAGUCUGAGCAAUGGAGCUCAGACAGGCAGAUGUUCUCACAUUACUGGCAGAGCAGAAAGAGAUGGAAAGAGUGUGUCCUGGCAGGUAGGAGAAAAUAAUAGCUCUGCCCUCCUCCUCUCAGGGCACAGUGGGGCUGUCUCUCACAGAGUUUACAGGAAAACUCUAUGAAAUUCAGCUUCUGUCAUGUGCCUAUCUAGCAAAACAUGAAUUGUUGGCUUGACUGCACUUUAAAUAUCCCAUGGAGAUAAACAGAUGAGUGGAAUACGGAGGACUAUGCUUAUAAGGGGAGCAAAGCAACUGCCUCACCUAUCUCUCUCUCUCCUUUUUGUUGCAUCCUGGCAGGUUCCAAAUGUAUCAAGGCUUAUAUCCUGAAAGUGACCUUUCCAUUACCGCAGGUGGGAGGGGAAGGAGGGGCUCCCUGAUGAAAGAAAAGAUGGUGAGUGGUGAAUGUGGAGCAGGAUUUGGAUGUGUCUCCUCCUGCCAUAGAUUCAGACCAUGUUUGAUGUGAGCUCCUGAGCUGGCAGUCUAAAGGCUUGUGUCCUUUUGCCCAGCUCACAAUACGCUGGGAAUUCUGUUAACUAAUCAAAGUUGAUGGUUUGUGAUAGUGACUACAUGUUGGAGAAGACACAAUUUGCUAAAAGGAAUUUCUCAUCCAUCCCCAUGUUCACCCCAUUCAUUGCUGGGCCUGUAAUUACUGGCUACGAAACUGAGACGUAUUUGGAGGUGAACCAUUGAAUCUGGAGGUUGCUUUUGAUUUGAUCUGUCAACAGAAUCAAAUGCAUGUGUCUAAAACUGGAUGUGCUCCAAUCAUGGAGAAAAUGGGGCUGGGGGGGCGGAGCUCCAGAUCUUAGGUGCAAAGGGACUUGUGGUUGCAUGUGGUAUGGAGGGUGUUCACUCCUUCCCCAAACAGCAGUCCCUGGAGAGCACACAAGCACCUUUUGCCCUGUGCAAAUCUAACAUUUGACUAGUCCACAGAAGAGCAAAAUGUGGAUUUGCACCUGCCUUCUGCCCCCCCAUUAAUGUAGGGACAUGAUGCACCCCCCAGUGUUUUAUUGGACACUUCCCCCCUUUAACUGCAGAGUGUGUGCAUGUUGAUCCUUGGAAACUCCAAAAUGGCCAGGAUUUUUUUUUUGGGGGGGGUGUGCAUUUAAAGUGGGGAAAGGUCUGUGAAAACACUGGGAUGGGGAAGACGUCAUGUGAACAACCCCACGCUAAUGGGGAGACUUGCAGCUGCACAUCCACAUGGACUGCUGCACUGUGGACAUGCCCAUUGCCAGUUUCAGAACUCUGCACUCCACAGCUCCUUUCCCUCCCUCUCCUCGCCCACAUGUGUCCCCUUCAGUCCCUUUUCAGAGCUUUCCAUGGCACUGCAUUCUAUCUGUCCUGAUAUUAACAUUACCCUUGGCUAAUGCUUUGUGCACCUGAUGAAACAGACUGCAAUCAAUCUGUUGGUCUUUAAGGUUCUUUUUCUUCUUGUUGUUGUUGUUACGAGAGACUACUGUGACUACCAUGGGCUGUACGUAACGUUAUUCUCUUCUACAGAGAAGGUACUGGAAUAUUCUUGGUACUUUCAUCAGGACUGUCUGCAAGUUCCGAAAGGCAAUGAGUUACGUAGGGCAGCGCAAACGCUUUGAAGAUUUCCUCCACCGGGAACUGAAAAAUGAGAAGGAAAGUGCGUGCUUUUAAAGUCUCUUGUUCCCACAUGACUGGCCUUUGGGCAGGUGACAGGAGUCACCUCCUUGGUUUUAUUUCCUGUGCUUGCUCAGUGUCAUGAGAGUAGGAGGAAAAACAUUUCCCGAUGCAGUUUCCCCACACCUUUCAGAAUUGUAGACACCCCUCUCAUGUCUCCUCUUGCUCAUCUUUCCUCUAAACUAAAAAGGCCCAAGUCUUGUCACUUUGCUCACAGAGUCCUCUGCAAAGAUGUGCAGUGUUUGCAUGGCUCCACCCAGCCCAGCCUUGUUCUCAUGCCUUGCUUCUAACUCUAGUAUCAGGAAUGUGCUGCUCCAAAAACCAGGAACUCCACUUCCCAGAGAACUAAGAUCAGGUAUAUAAAGUGAAGGCUGAGUGAUAUUUUUCUGCAAGCCCAGUGAAACUCUGCCCUACUCCCAAAUAUCAAAGCAGAUUAACUUAUGUGGAACAUACGAGUUGCGUUUUUUAAUAUGCCUGGUGGCCUGCAGGUGGUUGUGGGAGGUGCUGUGACUGGGGCCUCCCUUUUCUUUCAUAGCUAUUCAAUCCUCGCCUCAGACCCGUGGGAGCUUCAGUGGAGUGAGUGGGCGUUACGGCUCCACGUCAGAAGACUCUGAAGUGCCGCAAGUGAGGCGCAAGAUCUUUGGCCGCCUCAUCUCAGUCAACUUCCUGGUCAACGAUCUCUAUUUUUACCUGGAGAUGGAGAAGUGAGUGAGCAAGCCUCUGUUAUUUCUCCUGCCAUGCCUUGCACACCUCUUGGACUCCACGGGUGAACAGAGCAGACAUUUAACGGGGCAAAUCUCUGAACAGAAGCAUUUGUCAUAAUCACAUCUAAAUUGGCCCUCACAUAGCAAGGUGGUGCCUUGUGCUGUAAGUAUCACCAUAUAGGGUCAUCUGGUAAAAAUGCCAGUUUGGAUUAUAUUAAGAAUAUAAAAACGAGUCCUGUUGGAUCAGGUAAAGGGCCAUCUGGUUUGGCAGCCUAUACUUGCCAUGGCCAGCUAGUUACCUAUGGAAAGCCCACCAGCUGGGACCUGAGCCCAAGAGACCUCUCUCCACCAGUGACUCACAGCAUUCACAGGCCCAGGGCCUCUGGCAGGGGAGGGAGAACAUAGCCAAUCAUUGCUAGUAGCCAUGAUAGCCUAUCCUCCACUUUUAAUCUUUUUAAAAAAUUAAAUCAUUCAAUUUGGUGGCCAUCGCUAUAUUUUGCAAAUUAACCUAUGUGGUAUGUGAAGAAGUCCUUUCUUUUGUCUGUCCUGAAUAUUCCAAGGCUCCACUUCAUUGGAUGAAUUCUGGUAUUAUGAGAGGGAGAAAAACUUUCCUAUAUCCCCAAUUCUUCAUACCACAAAUAAUCUUAUGCAGAUAUAUCAUGCCUCCCCUUACUUGCCUUUUCUCUUAACUAAAAAGUCCCAAAUGUUUUGGUUGCUCUUUUCUAACUCUAUACAGUGGUACCCUGGGUUACAUACACUUCAGGUUACAGACGCUUCAGGUUACAGACUCCUCUAACCCAGAAAUAGUACCUCGGGUUAAGAACUUUGCUUCAGGAUGAGAACAGAAAUCGUGCUCCGGCGGCGCAGCAGCAGCAGGAGACCCCAUUAGCUAAAGUGGUGCUUCAGGUUAAGAACAGUUUCAGGUUAAGAACAGACCUCCAGAACGAAUUAAGUACUUAACCCGAGGUACCACUGUAAUAGCUUUUUGAGGGAAGGCAACUGAAAUGGUAUUCUACAGUACUCCAGGUGUGGUCACACCAUAGAUUUGUAUUACGAUAUCAGCAGUUUAAUUUUCAAUCCCUUUCCUAACAAUACCUAGUGUGGUAUUUGCUGUUUUAACAGCUGCCACACACAAGGUCAACAUUUUCCCUAUGACCACAAGGUUUCCUUCCAAGUCAGUCAUUGCCAGUCCAGAUCUCAUGAGCACACAUGUGAAAUUAGGAAUUUUCUUUUGCCCCAAUGUGCAUCGCUUUACACUUGCUUGCAUUAAAUUGCAUUUGCCAUUUUACUGCCUAUUCAUGCAGUUUGAAGAGAUCCGCUUGGAGCCCAUCACAAUCCUUUUUAGAUAUAAGCACACUCAGCAAUUUCAUAUCAUCAGCAAACUUGGCAGCCUCGCCAAGUUAAAAGGACAGGUCCCAACACCAGUCCUUGUGGGACUCCACUUUCUGCAUCCUUCCAUUGGGAUAACCGUCCAUUUAUUCUUACUCUCUCUGCUUCCUGCAAUUCAGCCAGCUCCUGAUCAAAAAAUAUUGCUUAGGUUGUUGGGUUUGUUUGUUUGUUUACUGAAUGCUUCCUACCAGCCAUGUACCAUCAUCAGGUGCUUAAUGGUGACAAUGGAAGAGCUCCGAUUGCACUGGUUUCUCAUUGGUGUACAUGACGAGCAGGGACCAUCUUGGAAUUAGUCCUGAGUUUAUAUGCCUGCUUUCCUCUUAUCAGCAUGAGAAUGACCCUGAUAAAGAUCCUUCUCAGUGACCCCAGAUAUUGCCUGUACUGCCCAGUGUCCAGAUUCCAGCCACCAGUUGUGAUGAUGAGAUCCUGCCUCAGGUUUUGUGUUGUGUCCAACAUACCCCCAUUCCCACUGCCCACCCAUCUCUCCACCUUCUGCUCUGUGUCUGUCUUUUAUUCCCGCAGGUUUUUUUACCUCUCUGACUCCGUGGUCGUCCUGUCCUCCCUUGGGUUAUACACCGAGAAAGAUAUUGCCUUUCUGAAGAGCAAAGUGUCCACCAUCAACAAGCUCUUUUUGAAUUCAGAUAUCCCACCUAAACUGAGGGUAAGAGGCUGGAGCCAAGUUUUCAAAGACAGUUGGGCACAAAAUGAAGCCAUUGGGACUUCUGCUAAACGCCAUAGUGAAUGGUAGCAUUUGGAGUAAAAUGCUGGCAGAAGCUGAAUGGAGACAGACUCCCCUGGAUACAAUCACGCUGAGACUCCGGAUUUUUGAGGGGAAAGAAAGGUAGUAUUUGUUAUUGGAAAUACAUGUUGAUAGGAAAGAUCCCUAGUUCUCUCUGGCUAAGAUGAAGAUGCAGUAAGCCAUUCUUGCUCUUGUAUCUCAGGAGUAGACAUCAAAUCAUGCCUAUUGUCAUGAGGAACACACAUAAGAAGAAGAAAGGGAAUGGACACAGGAAGUGAAGUCAGCAGUGCUAAGAGUACAGUGUAUACCGAUAGUCUAACCCUGAAGGAAGAUCAGAAGGACAGACCGGAAAGUCUGGAGGCUCCUCUCCCCAUCUCCCCUUUCUCAUGGAGAUACAUCAGCCUUCAGUGCAAGCUGAGCUGCAUCCCAGCACUUCCAACAGUAUAUGCACUCAGCUAGAUAUAUGUUUGUUUUAGCUAUUUCUAUGCAUACUGCUUAAUCACCAAGUUUGAUAGCAACAGAGGUGAUCUCUGAUAGUGUUGGCAAUGUUCUGUGGCAGUGGCACCAUUUUGAGUGGGCAGGGGUAGCUUCCUCAAGUGAGGCAUCUUCCUGGGAGAUGGUCUCAAGAGGGUUGCCAGUGUCCACUGAGUUUCCUAGAAUCUCAUGAGAGCUAGGCUUGAAAAUGGGGCCCUCUUCUAAGGAGGCUUCAUUGGACUCCAGGCUGGUCUUGACAGAGGCAUGACACAGAGCAAGACUGAGGGAUGAGCCACUGCUUAAAUUGCUGGUAUGCUUUUUUUAAAAAAAAUUAAUAUUUAUUAAAGUUUCAGAAAAAAUAAAAUCACAUUAAUAAACACAAAAAUUUUAACAAAAACAGAGAAAAAUACACCAUACAAAAUACAAAGUACAGAAUAGAAAAAGGUAAAAAAAGAAAAGAAAAAAAGAAAAAAAAGAAAAAGCAGUUAAAAAUAAUUCCGUCCUUUCAUAACCUCUUUUAAAUUUACUUAUUUCCCGGACUUCCUCAUACCUCCCUCUUUUGUAUUCCAUUUCAGUUUGUAAACUCAGCAAUUUCUUACCCUCCUUUUUAAUUCCAAUCCUAAAUCUUAAUAUAUUAUGACAUUAGAUUUUUACCUAUUUGAACCAAUUUUUCCAUUUCUCUUAGUCUUUUUGGUCCUAAUCCUUAAUCUUGAUACAUUUAUAGCCUUAAAACCUGUUCAGCUAGAAGCCACUUAACUUCAAUCCAACAUCACUCUAACAUUCAUUAAUUUUGCAGUGUUUCUGUAAAUAAUCUUUAAAUUUCUUCCAAUCUUCUUCCACCGACUCUUCUCCCUGGUCACGGAUUCUGUCAGUCAUUUCCGCCAAUUCCAUAUAGUCCAUCAUUUUCAUCUGCCAUUCCUCCAGUGUGGGUAGCUCUUGUGUCUUCCAAUACUUUGCGAUAAGUAUUCUUGCUGCUGUUGUGGCAUACAUAAAGAAAGUUCUGUCCUUCUUUAACACCUAUUGGUCGACUAUGCCCAGGAGAAAGGCCUCUGGUUUCUUCAAGCAGGUAUAUUUAAAUACCUUUUUUAAUUCAUUAUAAAUCAUCUCCCAGAAAACCUUAAUCCUUGGGCACGUCCACCAAAGAUGAAAGAAUGUACCUUCAGUUUCCUUGCAUUUCCAACAUUUAUUAUCGGGCAAAUGGUAAAUUUUUGCAAGCUUGACUGGGGUUAUGUACCACCUGUAUAUCAUUUUCAUAAUAUUCUCUCUUAGGGCAUUACAUGCCGUAAACUUCAUACCUGUGGUCCAUAACUGUUCCCAGUCAGCAAACAUAAUAUUAUGUCCAACAUCUUGUGCCCAUUUAAUCAUAGCAGAUUUCACCGUUUCAUCCUGAGUGUUCCAUUUCAGCAGCAAGUUAUAAAUUCUUGACAAAUUCUUAGUUUUGGGUUCUAAGAGUUCUGUUUCUAAUUUUGAUUUUUCCACCUGGAAGCCAAUUUUCUUGUCCAAAUUGUAUGCCUCCAUUAUCUGAUAAUAAUGAAGCCAAUCUCGCACUUUGUUUUUUAGUUUUUCAAAACUCUGCAGUUUCAAUCUAUCUCCAUCUUGUUCUAAAAUUUCCCAAUAUUUCGGCCAUUUAUGUUCACUUCUAGUUUUUCCAAAAUAUCAAUUAUAUUCCUCAAAUUGUCAGACAAGUGUCUUCCUGGGAGAAAGCCCGCUUGAUCUUUAUGAAUCUCUUCCAUCAACUCUUUUUUAAAUCUCUUAGCCAAAAUGUCUGCAAAAAUUUUAUAAUCCACAUUGAGUAAUGAUAUGGGGCGGUAGUUCUUAAGCUGUGUCUUUUCAGUCUCUGUUUUCGGUACAAGUGUAAUAUAAGCUUCUUUCCACGACUCUGGUGCCCUUUUCCCCUCCAUUAUUUCAUUACAGACCUCUUUCAAAGGUUGUACUAGCCAUUCUUUCAAGGAUCUGUAAUAUCUGGAAGUCAGUCCAUCCGGUCCUGGAGACUUACCCAAUUGCAUGUUUUGAAUGGCACCUUCUAUCUCCUGUUCAGUUAUUUUAUAGUUCAACAUUAAUUUAUUUUCUUGAGAGAUUUUUUGUAAUCCAUUUGUUUUCAAAAAUUGAUCUAGAUCAGUUUCUUUCAGUGGCCCUUGUGUGUAUAAUUGUUUAAAGUACCUCUGGAAACAAUUUCUAAUCUCAGCUGGGUUCUGUAUAUUCCUUCCUUCCACUUCUAAAUUCGUAAUUGUAUUUAAUUUUUGUCUUUUUUUCAUUUGCCAAGCCAACAGUUUCCCACAUUUGUUAGCCGACUCGAAUGUCUUUUGUCUCAUUUGUUUAAUUUUCCAUUCUAUUUCCUGAUUCGUCAUUUUCAUGUAUUGUACUUGGUGUAGCUUUAAUUCGCUCAGAAUCUCUUGAGAUUUUGGAUUUGUUCUCAAUCUUUUUUCACUUUCCUUUAUUUUCUCCAAUAUCUUAUCCUUCUUCUCAUUUUGAAUUCUCUUCUUUACUGCAUUCUGUUGUAUCAGAAACCCUCUCAUAACCGCUUUACUUGCGUCCCAGAUUACUCUUUUUUCCACGUUGGUAUUCAUAUUUAUCUCAAAAUAGUCUCUCAAGGUUUUUUGGGCCUUCUUUAACACUUCUUCAUCUCUAAAUAAGGUGUCAUUCAUUCUCCAUCUGAAGAAGCCAGUUGGUGUUAGUUUCAUUUCCAUCUUGACAGCAUUAUGGUCGGAGCAAGUUUUCGGGCAGAUUUCCACCUUUCUUGUCUUUGGUGCCAUUCCUCUAGUUACCCAUAUUUGGUCAAUUCUUGUCCAUGUCAUUUUGGCUUCAGAAAAGAAGGUUCCCUCUUUAGCCAUGGGGUUUCUUGUUCUCCAAAUAUCAACUAAGUCCAAGUUGUCUGUCAUCUCAAAGAAGGUUUUUGGUAGUCUACCGUCCUUGGUGACUACCUGUCUUUGUGCCUUGUCCAUAUGUGUGGAUACCACACCAUUCAUAUCUCCCAUCAAAAUCAUGUUAUAGUCUAGAUAAUCCAUCAAGGUCUCAUGCAACUUCUUGAAAAAGUCAGAUUUCCCCUCAUUUGGUGCAUAAAUCCCUACUAUCAAGAAUUUUUCUCCUUGUGUUUGAAUUUCAAUUGCCACAAAUCUUCCUUGGUCAUCUUUAAAAAUAAAUUUCGGUGAUAGUCUGUCCUUUGCGUAAAUCACAACUCCUCUUUUUUAAUUUUGUCCGAUGAAAUAAACUCCUGACCAAGUCUUUUAUUUAUCAAUAAUUUCCUGUGUAACCUUGUUAUAUGUGUUUCUUGUAGACAAAUCAAGUCCAAUUGUUCCUUUUUUAAUAAAUGAAACACAGAUUUCCUUCUCUGGGGGGAGUUCAAACCAUUACAAUUCCAACUUAAUAGUUGCAGGGCCAUGAUGUAAUUAUUUUAGUUCUCCUCCAACGGCACCCAGUGCCUGUUCCUGUUCCGUCGGUGAUAUCACGUUUUUCAGGCGGUCUUUUAGUUCCAGAGAUAGUCCUGGUGUGUCUAAAGUUUCUCUUACAAUUGCUCUUAACUCUCCUGUAACUUUCUUCUGUAGGUCUUCUCCGUGGUCUCUCCAAAAUUUGUCUUUGUCGUCUUCCGAUCUUAUUUUUAUCUUCUUUCCUUUGUAACUAAAGGAAAGGCCUUGAGGAAAUUCCCACCUAAAGUUAAUUCCGUUACUUCUCAACAGGGUAACCAGGUCUUUGUAAUUAAACCUGAGAUCCAGAAGAUGUUUCGGAAUAUCCUUGAAUAUCUCCACUUUUGACUGUUGCAUUUCCAGUGUCUUCUGGAAAUGCAAACUCAUAAUCUUGUCUCUCUCUUCUUUUGUUCGGAGGGUGAUCAAACAGUCUCUCACCUUCUUUCUCCCUCCUUUUCCAAGUCUAAAAGCAUUCACUAUUUUAAAACUGUCUUUCCCCAAAUCUGGAUUCCAAAAAUCUAGGAAUUCCUGCGUAAGAAAUUCAACUAAGUUGUCUUUCUCCACUUCAGGUACAGCUCUGACCCUUAAGUUCACUUGUUUCUCCUUCAACUCGAUCAUAGACAGAAUUGACUUGUGGUCUUCAAGUUGUUUAUGUAGCGGUGGUAUCUUCUCUUGAACUACUGUAACAGUAGCUGUAGCAAUUUCUUUAGCCUCUUCGGCAAUCUUACGUGUCGAAGCAGAUUCCUGUAAUAAUUUCUGAAUAGUUUCUGUAUUAGUAUUUACUUUCUGUCCCAAAUUAUUGAUACUUGCCGUAUUUUGGUUAAUACUUGUCGUAUUUUGAUCAAUCUUAUCCGAUGCCUCGGCUACUUGUUUACUUAUUCUAUCCAAAGAUUCAUUAAUUUUAGCCAGUGCCUGAGCCAGGGCAUCGUCACUUGCCAUACCUUUAGUUUUAGGUUGUGCCGAUGAGGUUGCUGUUGGAACUCCGGGGGGGCCAGAUGUCGAAGCUCUCCUUUGCAAUCCACUGUCUGUACGAUAUACUCUGCCAGACCUUGUUGCUUGUAACAAGUCUAUCUUCUCUUUCCCAUCUGCCAUACCCCUCUAGAUAAAACUCAAGGUCAGUCACACAGUCAGAGUCAAAGUUGUUUUGGAAUGGAAAGUUACAGGAAAAUAGUGUGAGAAAUUUCUUCAGGCCAGCUGCAGUUGUAACUAGUUCCAAAUUCCACUAGGGGGAUACUGUAACAGUCAUAAAGUUCUUAAAGUAAUUAACUUCUCCCUUUAGUCCCCCAAUUCACCAGAAAGAUAACAAUCUAUCUUAAGCAGUUACUUUAAGACCAGGAGAUGCCUAUCAGCAAUAUUGUAUCCAAAUUGUAUUUCAGAUGCAGAGCUAGCUGUCAAAAUACGUUCAAAGGCAGUACAUUCUCUUAGGCUUUUUACUGACACUGGGAACCCGUUCCAGGGGUUUUGAGCGGUGGUUUUUAUCUCCUCUUUCUCACUUCUUCUUAGGGAAAUAACGUUCAAAGCUUCCCCCCCUCCUCCCCCAAAUUGAGGGGGGGAAAAACCCGGUUAGAUGAUCAGAUUGUAAUCCUUUUGCACGUCUUUUGAAGCUUCCGCUUUCAAGUUCAAUGCUUUGUUCUAUCUACAAGAGCGGGAGGUAGACUUCCUUUUUAUACCUCUCUGCUUCGGCCAAUUACUUCCAAUUUUUGUACAGUUCCUUUAAUUAGGCCGUAAUCCUACUCACGGAUCGUUAUUUUCAAAGCCAAAUUGUCAAGGAAGAAAGGCAGCGCUCUCCGGCAACAGCUACGCGGCUUCACUCCACAGAAGAAGCAGACGACUCACAGCACAGCGCCACUUCCCCGCUCUGUUCCGGAGCCCGUUGCCGGGUUCCUUCGCGGAUUGGGGGGGAGCAGACAGUGCCCGAGUCCCAGGGUCACAGGCUUCACCCGCCUGUGAUUUAAGGGGUCCCCGCUGCGCCGAAGCGGUAUCCGACCCUAUUUCUGUGGAGCGGGUUCCCUCCGAAUCAGAGGGAAUCCGCCAUUACCGUUGGCGCCACCUCCGGAAGUAAAUUGCUGGUAUGUAGAUGUGGGAGGGAAGCUGUGAAACCAGAUUCACACUGACGAUAAAAUGUCAACUAUGACCUCCCUAGUAUUGUGCGUCUGUUUCCCCCAAAGAAAGCCUCACAUGCAGGUUCUUGCAUUCAGCCCUCAGUUGAAAGGUAGGAUCCCAAAGGAUCCAGUGACAUCAGCUGUGCUAUGAAAUGUUUUUAAUUGAAGGUUGAUGUAGUUGUCAUCUGCUUCCUGAUAUGGCCUCUUCUUCUGUGUCCAGGUCAACCUCACAGAUGCACAGGUCGUUCAGAUCCGAAAUUUUAUUGCUGAAGGUGUGCUGAACAGGACUCUUUAUCAUUCUGCUUUUAUGAGUAUCUUUCCAGUUUUAUUAUUCUACUGGAAGAAGUAAGUAGAUUAGAAAGGCAAAGUGUGUGCAUUAUUGUUAUAAUGGUAAUGGAUGAAGCCACUGCGUGUAGAUUACAAACAGAUUCAUUGAAUCUGACCCAAAGUUGCUUUUGCAACUUAACAACAAAAUUUAAAAAAUCAGAUUCAAGAGGAGCCAAAUUAGGGAGCAGAUAUCGGAGGAUGAGGAUUUAAUUGGGUUAAAACAAUAGGUGUGGUUAUAAUUUGCUAAGCUUAUCAUGGCCAUUUUGCAAGUGCAUGUUUUAUGUGAUAAAUUAAUCUGUGAUGGCGUGGCCAUGCAAACACAAACAGCUAUUAUUCAGCCAUUGCAAGCUGCAGUGACACCAGGGCUGGAAGAAUGGCUCUGGGGCCAAAUCAGCAGGGGCUCAAUAAAGCUAUAGCUGGUUUGGCAACUAUUUUUGUCGUGCAGUCCCAUCUUUUGUGACUGUCCCAGCCAGUAACAAUGCCUUUGGUUGUCUCAGUUAAAUACAGUAUGCCAAUGUCAACACUAUCCUUGCAGAUAUUGCACUUGGAAGGCAAUGAGGGGCUUCAAAAAACCCAAGUCAGAGAAAACAGAACCUUCUCCUCCAGUGGUUACAACAAAACUAUCUAGGAAGCCCAGCUGUUACACUGGUGGUAAGCAAGAGUGUGCAGAUUCUAUGUACUCUGUUGCAUCUGUUACACCUUAUGACAUAUGUAUCUGACCAGAAAGUGUGUGUGAGUGUUUUUGCAUGUUUGUCUUCAUGUGCCCAUAUAUUCCAAUAAUGCAGAAUAAAUACCAUCUCUUGACAUUUUAGAUCAUGUCAUAUUUAAUUAUAUUGUUGCAUGCCUCCCCACUCUGAGCAGUGUGAGACUCGUCUCACAAGACAAUGGAAGAGUGAACCUUUGGAGGUGAAGUUGGAGAGUUACAGUGUCUGCUGUGGCUGUAGAGACCGAUAUGGGAGAGACAUGUUUUGUUGCAGCUGGGGCAGAUGAAGGCAUCCAGCUGUGCUGCUGCAGAUGCACCAUGGUGUUUAUUCUUUCUGCGCUCGUCCCAAAAACUACUGGUCGAUUAAGGGAGGAGGGCCCACCCAUUUGCUCUCUGGCACAGAACUACUUCCUUCACAACCCAUACUUAGGGGGCCAUUACCAAUCCUUGGAGGAUACAGGAAUCCGAAGGGACCCAGGCACACAACCAAAACUCACAACACUAUUAUGAAGUAUUUCAAAGUAUCUGAAAUACUCUCUUGUUGAAUUUGCUUAGCUCCAUAGUUUCAAUAUACAGUCUCUUCCAAUACACAGUUGCCCAGUUAUGACUAAGUCAGAAUCCAUGGUUAAAAAUUCUAAGUUCUUUGAAAAUUGGAUGACAACCUUGUGGGAGAGUGGCUGAGGCAGCAGACAAGGCAGUGGAAGGACCCACAACCCCUGUCAGCAGAGAGGGAGGUCUGCUGGCAAAGGUUUCUUCCUCCCCCCAUGGGAGUGGAAAGCUCCAUCACUGUUGGUGACCCACGGCUGAUGUUCCUUGGAUGGUGUGGGCUGAACUGGGACAUGUCAGGGUCGUGCUUCUCCUUGAUCCCUAAGCCCCCCCUGCCCUGACAGGCCCCUAAACAGGUCCUGGAGCUGAUGUGGUCAGCGUGAGGGGCAGAGUCAGUAGGGAGAGUAAAGGGAAGGCAAGGAAGGGAAAGGAAAAAAGAAGGAAAGCCACCUUCUGAGCCUCCCAUCCUGGCCACAGCAAGCUAAUGGGUGAUAUGAUAUUCCACAGAAUCUUAUCUCACCUUUCUAGCCCCCUUUGCCCAUUGCUCUGUAAGUUGCUUUGGGUUGCCUUGAGCAAGAUACAGUCACUAACAAAUGUAACUUGCAUUAUUAUUAUUAUUAUUAUUAUUAUUAUUAUUAUUAUUUUAUUGAAAUCAAAAUAAUUUUUUUCUCCAGGAGUCUUCAAGCUGGCAAUCUUGUGCAAUUAGUUUGUUGAGCAGUUUCAGGCUCGCUGAGAAGUUACAUAUAGCUCAAGUCUUGAGGCUUAAGUUGCAUGAUGAUGCCACAUAAGCAUUAAUUGACAGAAAAACUAUUCAGAAGUUAGCCAGCCAAAAAUGCCUUGAGCACAUGUCAAGUAAUUAUUAAGUGUCUAUUCCAUCAAGGGAAUGGAAUUCUGGCUUCUGAACAGUUUUCUUUAAAGUAUUCUCUGUGCUUUUAACAACCACAGAGAUUUGCAUCUAUCCUAUCUGGGGUAACCGGACCUUCAGAAAGGUGAUUGGUGAGAUUGGGAAUCCUCUGGUGUAAUAUUAUGUUUUGUCUUUUUUAUUAUUACAAUUUCAAAAAGAUUAUCCAGUCAUCAGGUAUACUAUACUCAGAGGCAUUGAGCUACUCCUGCCACAGCCGAAGGAAGAAGCAGAAGAAUUGCCGGCCGAGAAGUGUAAGUUCCUGCAGGAGUGCGGUGUGGGAGCUGGUCUGAUCUCCCACAAGGGCCCAAGAACCAGGGUGGUGUGUCCUGUUUUGCUGCUUGAGGCAAAAUGGGAAGUGCCACCUUGCCCUGCCCUGCUGCCACUGGCACCACUUCUCUGCCUGCCUGACCACUUCCGCCACUGGUAGAGAAGCACUCUGCAAAAACUCGUGAUUUCAGGUGUGAUUUGGGCUGAUACUAGUGCCACUUCUGUGGCAAUGGUGGCGGGGCAGGGGAGUUCUCGCAGCGCUGCCACCGUGGGGACUCUCCUGCUAAGGACCCUCAUGGCCAGAUCAAUUCCCCAAGAUACAUGCAUUGCAAUCUUUGUGUAUAAUUUAUCCUUAUGAGCAGUCCUGCAGCCAUGCUGCAAAUGUUGGGGGAUAAAACAAAAGUUGUUGAAUUAUCUCAGCACUUCAGGAUAUACAUUAUCUACCACUUCCAGUUUGACCCAGAAUUGGCUGGGUUACAUUUAGAGAUAGUUCGGUGCCAGGGACAUGCUGGCAUGACUCAGCCUCAUUGACAGAAUUAGCCUCAGGAACUGAACCCAAGACAAGUCUACCCAGACACUGGAAUUCCCAACAGAAACCCAGCCAUCUUUGUAACCUGCAUUUCCAAGAACUUUGGACACUCAAGCUAAGAUUGGUACUCAAAGUCUAACUCUUCUCCAAGGUGAAGUAAGGCUGGUGGACAGAGUGGCAGGGAUGGGGUCCCUUACUAAGUUCUCUCAGCUUCCAGACUGCAGCUGGUCAGGAAACAGUAUAUGAGCUGAGACACUAGGGCCCCUCCAAACAUUAUUAUUAUUUUAUUGUGCAACAAUGAUGAUUUGUGGUCAUGACAGCAUUGGCUUGCCCUCUCACACCCCACAAAAUCAGAUGCUCAUUUUUGCUCCCAAGCUCUUGCAGGAGCCAGAUGACUUGUGCAAGAGUGUGAGAGCAAAGGACGAGCAUCUUUUGGUCCAGCUCACUGGUGCAAGCCAGCUGGUUCAUGCAACAGCACCGGACCAAAAAAUGGGACAUUCCAAGAUGCAUUCAGAAGCCAGGAUAGCUUCUGUAAUUCUGGGAUGUCCCACGCAAAUCGGGGUAUGUAUUGGGAAGAUCACAUGUGAAUCCACUUUCAAGGCUAUCUGGGACUGCAGAUGUUUGAGGGCCGUCAUUUGGCUUCAGAUUCAAUCAGCACAUAUUCCAUGCUUGCUUUCUUUUUUGCCUGGAACUUUUUAUACUACAAAUGCUCCAGUUUAUUUCUGUCCUCCUUUUGUUGUGCUAUAGCCUUUCAUAAUAGCAAUAAUGUGGUAGCAUUAUGCAAGCGGAACAAACCAAAGCAGAAGAAAUCUGCCAAUAGUGCACUGUUACUGUGUCAAGCAGAUGUUGCAGAAUUUGUUGUUGUUUUUUAGUCGUUUAGUCGUAAUAAACCACCAGUCUGGAGGGGCAAAGAUCCAGCCAAAGGGCCUGACCCUGACCCUAUCCAGUCACAGCUUAAUUCCACCCAUUGAGUCACCACUACCACCCAAUAAAAUAGCUCAACAAAGAAUAGCAGAGUUAUAAACAGACAAAAUGACUGAUGGUUGUCUAGAUAGCUCCUUCCUUGGUUGGGGUGGAAGGAUGAAAAAACAGUCUUAGAACAGUUCAGCUGCCUCGUACGACUGCGUCAGAUGCAAUAUGCUGUCUCUUUUUCUACCCUCAGCGUCAGUGGGAAGUUUAGAAGCAUUAAGAAAGUCUUCAACAACCAUAAGUGUGCCCCAGAGACGGUAGGUACCCAGGGAAACUAAAAUCUUAGGGCACUAGCAAAUCAAAAUUAGACAUGUUUAAGUCACAUUUCGAAUACCAAGUUUAAUCCUCCUGCUGAAAUGAACGGGACCCCAGUGCUUAACUUGUGCAGAAUUAUACCUAUUCAAGAGCAAAACAAAAAAAUGAGAAGCAUGAACUAAUUUUAUGUUGAUUGCAAUAUUAAAUUGUUUGUGUCAAGAACAGUCACAUAUGCUUGACAUAACCGCCAUGAUUAGAGAGGAUUGUGGCACACAAGCUAAAGUAAAUUAUUGGCAACAAACUGGCUAUUUCAGGUUACAUCCACUAUAUACCGUAUUUUUCGCACCAUAGGACGCACCGGACAAUAGGACGCACCUUGUUUUAGAGGGGGGAGAACAAGAAAAAAAAUAUCUCCCCCUCUCUGCCCAGCGCCCCUUCAGCGAAGCGGCAGGGGGCGCUGCGCAGAGAGGGGGAGAAUUUUCCCCCUCUUGUUUUCCCCCUCUAAAACAAGGUGCCGUUUAAGGUGCGUUCAGGCAGCUACCUUGGAAGCCCACCACCAGCCCCAAAGAGCAGGUCAGGGAGCAGCGGAGAGGCGCAGCGGAGAGGCUGCUGCCAUAGCCGCGCAUCACCUCUCCAGCCGGGAGAGGGUCGGGGGGGGGGCUUCUUUAGCCCCGCGCGCGCUCUCCUGGCUGGAGAGGUGACGUGCGGCUAUAGAGGCUCCUGCCAUAGCCGCGCUUCACCUCUCCAGCCGGGAGAGGGUCGCGGGGCUAUGGCGUCUUCGCUCCAUAGGACGCACACACAUUUCCCCUUCAUUUUUGAAGGGGGAAAAGUGCGUCCUAUAGAGUGAAAAAUACGGUACCUUUAAAGCACUCCUAUGCCACUUUAACAGUUAUUGCUUCCUCCAAAGAUUCCUGGGAAUUGUAGUUUGGGUGCUGAGAGUUGUUAGGAGACCCCUCACAGAGCUGAUAUUAAACUACACUUCCCAGGACUCUUUGUGGGAAAUCAUGACAGUUAAAGCGAUAUACGAGAGUGCUGUUAAACUGUAUUUGCAACAUACCUUUAAAGGAAACUCUUUCAAAGAAUUCUGGGUGCUUGAAACUGUGAUAAUGUGUUUCAAAUGUGCUUUAUAGUGUUGAAUAUUGUUUGGUUUGUUACUGUCUUAUAUGUUUUUAUACUUUAAACUGCCCUAUGAUCCUUAGAUGAAGAGUGGUAUAUAAAUUAAAUAAAUAUCUAAAUAAAACUGAGUGUAUGACCUCAGUUACACAUUUAAUACUGCUGUACAGCCAGGAGGUCAUGUUUGCAUGUAAUUGCAAUUAAUUGAUUGACGGCAUAUAUGCCAAAAAGACUUCUAAGCUGUUGUUUCAGAUUGCAGUUUAUGAAGACUCUUCUUAUUUAUAUAUUCUUCUGCACAGGACCUCAUCUGUAGGUGCUGGAAAUAAACUGAUAUAACUUGAUCUCACACUGUUCCUUGUCUGGGCAUCAUGGAAAAGAUUAUUCCAGGCAUUUCUUGCUGGAUGACAAGACUUCACUGCAGGUCAGGACUGAAGACCUUUAACACAACUGCAUUCACUAGGUCACGGGGUUCUGUUGGGUGAUGUAAUAAUUAUAGGGGUUGCUCGUGCAUAAGUUUCCGCCACUCCUGGCUAGGUUGCCUUGUUAAACCUUUUCUGUCUGGACAGCCCUUCACUUCGUGGCUGUUUCAGUCGCUAGCAGAAUCCAUCAGUGGGCGUUUCUUAAACCUUUUCCAGCAUAAAAGCUGUUUGACGCCAAGUCUCCUCCUACUCUCCCUGUGCGGAUGUCUUCUGCGCAGGGAGGGUGUGGGUAGCGGAGGACCCGUGCUCUCCCCGCUGGUGUCCGGCGAGGAGUCCUGGAGCCCCCUCGCCAAUUCCCCCAUCUGCCCCCCUUUAUCCCUGGUGUUACGCUGAUUUCCUUCCCCAGCUGAUGAGCUGCCUCUCUCCCUGCUGGGCCCUUCUCCAGCAUCGCUUGGGAGCCUUACCUCCGCCUUACCUCCGCCUCUGGCUCCGAUGUCAGUUCCCUGACAGGUGAGAUGGGAGAGGUUCUCCAUAUUUGUCGAUGAAGGGAUCAGCAAUGUUCUUAUGUCCCUAAAGCAGAGAUGAGGACCUCUGGCCUGAUGGACUUCCAAAUCCAUUUCCCUAUUGCUGCAAUAAUUUCCUAUCAGCAAGCAGUGUGUGGGGUUGGUGUGGGUUGGUAUCAACUAGUAGAGGUUUACACAAGCACUUUUAAAUUUCUUUGCCUGUUCUAGUGAAAUAUGCAAUUUGUAAUGGUGAAGUUUUUCUCCUUCCAUUUAAGUAAAAGAAACCUUAGAUUUUAGAUCCCCUUAGAUCAAGUGGAGAGGUUUCAGAGUUUACAUGUAUGAAUUAGAACAAGCAUCGAAGGCCCAAUCUUCAUGGAUUUAAGCUUGAAUUGCAAAGAAAAGAGAAGUGUUAUUUUAAGGGCAUUUUUGAAUAUCUGUAAUAGCAAUGUUGUCAAUACAGAUAUUUUUUUAAUCCCUUAAGUUGUUUAUAACAAGUAAUUCAGUGUGUAGAUCCCAGUAAAUUGGUUCAAAACAGGUGCUCCCAGGGAAUAAACCAUCCACACUGUCCAAUAGUACCCCCCCCCUUGUGCAUCAGGGGAGUCCUAAUUUUGCCACACUCACUUAAUGGGAGUUUUGCCUUCUCAGCCUGGGUGCCUUCCCUCUCAGAAUUUCUUCCUUCACCCUGUCACAAGGUCACCACCCCACUGCCAAUGCCCGUCAUUCCAUCGCUCACCUUACUCUUUUUUUUUUUUUAAUAAAAUAUUUAUUGAAAUUUUCAAAAUAUUACAAAAUAAAAAUAGAAAAAAGAAAAAUACAAAAUAAAAAUAGUUAAAAACAACUCAAUCGUUCCAUUACUUAUUUUUCAUUAGCUUAUUUCCCGGACCUCCUCACGCCUGCCUUUUUUGUAUUCCAGUUCGGUUUGUUGGUUCAGCAAACCCUUCCCCUCUUUGUUUAUUCAAAUCUUAAAUCUUAAAAUAUUGUAACGUUAAAUUUUUACCUGUUAGUAAUCCAUUUUUCAUAUUCCCUUAUAGUAUUACAGCUAGAAACCACUUAAUUUCUAUCCAACAUCAUUCUAACAUUCAUUAAUUUUACAAUAUUUCUGUAAAUAGGCUUUAAAUUUCUUCCAAUCUUCUUCCACCGACUCUUCUCCCUGGUCUUGGAUUCUGCCAGUCAUUUCCGCCAGUUCCAUAUAGUCCAUCACCUUCAUCUGCCAUUCUUCCAAAGUGGGUAGAUCUUGUGUCUUCCAGUACUUUGCAAUGAGUAUUCUUGCUGCUGUUGUAGCAUACAUAAAAAAAGUUCUGUCCUUCUUUGGCACCAAUUGGCCGACAAUGCCCAGAAGAAAGGCCUCUGGUUUCUUCAGGAAGGUAUAUUUAAAUACCUUUUUCAUUUCAUUAUAGAUCAUCUCCCAGAAAGCCUUAAUCCUUGGGCACGUCCACCAAAGGUGAAAGAAUGUACCUUCAGUUUCUUUGCAUUUCCAACAUUUAUUAUCGGGCAAAUGAUAAAUUUUUGCAAGCUUGACUGGGGUCAUGUACCACCUGUAUAUCAUUUUCAUAAUAUUCUCUCUUAAGGCAUUACAUGCCGUAAACUUCAUACCUGUGGUCCAUAACUGUUCCCAGUCAGCCAUCAUUAUGUUAUGUCCAACAUCUUGUGCCCAUUUGAUCAUAGCAGAUUUCACCGUUUCAUCCUGAGUAUUCCAUUUCAACAGCAAAUUAUACAUCUUUGACAAAAUCUUAGUUUUGGGUUCUAACAGUUCUGUUUCUAAUUUUGAUUUUUCCACCUGGAAGCCAAUUUUCUUGUCCAAAUUAUAUGAUAAUAAUGAAGCCAAUCUCGCACUUUGUUUUUUAGUUUCUCAAAACUGCAAUUUCAGUCUAUCUCCCUCUUGUUCCAAAAUUUCCCAAUAUUUCGGCCAUUUGGCCUCCAUAUUGAGCUUUUUCUGUGCUUUUGCUUCCAUCGGUGACAGCCACCUUGGGGUUUUAUUUUCCAGUAAAUCCUUAUAGAAUCAUAGAAUCCUAGAGUUGGAAGAGACCACAAGGGCCAUCGAGUCCAACCCCCUGCCAAGCAGGAAACACCAUCAGAGCACUCCUGACAUAUGGUUGUCAAGCCUCUGCUUAAAGACCUCCAAAGAAGGAGACUCCACCACACUCCUUGGCAGCAAAUUCCACUGUCGAACAGCUCUUACUGUCAGGAAGUUCUUCCUAAUGUUUAGGUGGAAUCUUCUUUCUUGUAGUUUGGAUCCAUUGCUCCGUGUCCGCUUCUCUGGAGCAGCAGAAAACAACCUUUCUCCCUCCUCUAUGUGACAUCCUUUUAUAUAUUUGAACAUGGCUAUCAUAUCACCCCUUAACCUCCUCUUCUCCAGGCUAAACAUGCCCAGCUCCCUUAGCCGUUCCUCAUAAGGCAUCGUUUCCAGGCCUUUGACCAUUUUGGUUGCCCUCCUCUGGACACGUUCCAGUUUGUCAGUGUCCUUCUUGAACUGUGGUGCCCAGAACUGGACACAGUACUCCAGGUGAGGUCUGACCAGAGCAGAAUAUAGUGGCACUAUUACUUCCCUUGAUCUAGAUGCUAUACUCCUAUUGAUGCAGCCCAGAAUUGCAUUGGCUUUUUUAGCUGCUGCGUCACACUGUUGGCUCAUGUCAAGUUUGUGGUCAACCAAGACUCCUAGAUCCUUUUCACAUGUACUGCUCUCAAGCCAGGUGUCACCCAUCUUGUAUUUGUGCCUCUCAUUUUUUUGCCCAAGUGCAAUACUUUACAUUUUUCCCUGUUAAAGUUCAUCUUGUUUGUUUUGGCCCAGUUCUCUAAUCUGUCAAGGUCGUUUUGAAGUGUGAUCCUGUCCUCUGGGGUGUUAGCCACCCCUCCCAAUUUAGUGUCAUCUGCAAAUUUGAUCAGGAUGCCCUUGAGUCCAUCAUCCAAGUCGUUGAUAAAGAUGUUGAAUAAGACCGGGCCCAAGACAGAACCCUGUGGCACCCCACUAGUCACUCUUCUCCAGGAUGAAGAGGAACCAUUGAUGAGCACCCUUUGGGUUCGGUCAGUCAGCCAGUUACAAAUCCACUGAGUGGUAGCAUAGUCAAGACCGCAUUUUACCAGCUUCUUUACAAGAAUAUCAUGAGGCACCUUGUCAAAUGCCUUGCUGAAAUCAAGGUAGGCUACAUCCACUGCGUUCCCUUCAUCUACCAGGCUUGUAAUUCUGUCAAAAAAACGAGAUCAGGUUAGUCUGACAUGACUGAUUUUUCAGAAAUCCAUGCUGACUAUUGAUGAUCACAGCAUUCCUUUCUAGGUGCUCACAGACUGUUUGCUUAAUGAUCUGCUCCAGAAUCUUCCCUGGUAUUGAUGUCAUACUGACUGGGCGGUAAUUAUUUGGGUCCUCUCUUUUCCCCUUUUUGAAAAUAGGGACAUUUGCCCUCCUCCAGUCUGCCGGGACUUUGCCUGUUCUCCAGGAAUUCUCAAAGAUGACUGCCAGUGGUUCUGAGAUCACAUCUGCCAGUUCUUUUAAUACUCUUGGAUGCAGUUCAUCUGGCCCUGGAGACUUGAAUACAUCUAGACUAGCCAAGUGUUCCUGUACUAUCUCCUUAGUUAUUCUGGGCUGUGUUUCCUCUGCUGAAUCAUUUGCUCCAAAUUCUUCAGGUUGGGCAUUGUUUUCUUUAUCGGAGAAGACUGAGGCAAAGAAGGCAUUGAGGAGUUCAGCCCUUUCUGUGUCCCCUGUUUGCAUUUCACCAUCUUCUCCUCUGAGUGACCCCACUGUUUCUUUGUUCUUCCUUUUGCUACGAACAUACCCAUAAAAGCCUUUUUUGUUGCUUUUAACCUCUCUAGCAAGCCUGAGUUCAUUCUGUGCUUUAGCUUUUCUGACUUUGUGUCUACACGUGCUGGCUAUUUGUUUGAAUUCCUCUUUGGUGGUUUCCUUCUUUUCCAUUUUUGUACACAUCCUUUUUAAUCUUAACUCAGUUAAAAGUUCUUUAGAUAGCCACCCUGGCUUCUUUAGGCACCUUCCAUGUUUCCGUCUCAUUGGUAUUGCCUGACGUUGUGCUUUUACUAUCUCCCUCUUAACAAACUCCCAGCCAUCAUGAACUCCCUUUCCUUUUAGUAUUACUGUCCAUGGGAUCUCACCCAGCACUUCCCUAAGUUUUAUGAAGUCGGCUUUCUUAAAGUCAAGAAAUUGAGUCCUAGUAUGCUUGGUUGCUCCUUUCCGCUGUAUAGUAAACUUCAGAAGAGCAUGAUCACUCGCACCUAAUGAUCCUUCCACUUCUACCCCACUAACCAGGUCAUCAACAUUGGUUAGGACCAGAUAUAAAAUGGCUGUUCCUCUUGUUGCUUCUCCCACUUUCUGGACAAUGAAGUUGUCUGCAAGGCCAGUGAGGAAUCUGUUUGAACUUAUGCUCUUGGCUGAGUUUGACAUCCAACAAAUAUCCGGGUAAUUGAAGUCCCCCAUUACUACUAUCUCCCUUCCCUUUGCAUGCUUGGCCAUCUGUUCCAGGAAGGCAUCAUCUAUGUCCUCCGUUUGGCUUGGGGAUCCAUAGUAAACUCCCACAAUGAGGUCACUGUUAUUCUUCUCUCCCUUAAUUUUGACCCAAAUGCUCUCACUUUGGCUUUGAGGUUCUAAAUCUUGGAUCUCUUCACAGGUAUACACAUCCCUGACAUAUAACGCCACUCCUCCUCCUUUCUUGUCUGGUCUGUUUCUCUGAAAUAGAUUGUAUCCCUCCAUUAUUACAUUCCAAUCGUGGGACUUAUCCCACCAGGUUUCAGUGAUGCCUAUUAUGUCAUAUUUAGUUUGCUGUACCAAGAGCUCAAGCUCAUCUUGUUUAUUUCCCAUGCUUUGCGCAUUAGUGUACAGACAUUGAAGUCCAUUAAUCAUUCCCCCGUGUCUCUUAUUUAAGGAUUUUUUCCUCCCACCACUAGGUCUGUGUGCUGUUUGCUCCAUUUGGUCUAUGACAUUUGGAUGAUGAUCUUCAUCAAUUGAUAGAAUCCUACCUUCAGGAGCACUGUCUCCCUCCCCCACAUUAGUCAGUUUAAAGCCCUCCUGAUGAGGUUUCUGAGAUUUUUGGCAAAAACAUUUCUCCCAACCGUUGUGAGGUGCAGCCCAUCGCUUGCCAGAAGUCCAUCUUCAAGAAACUGCAGUCCGUGAUCUAAGAAUCCAAACCGUUCCUGUUUACACCAUUUGCGAAGCCAGCUGUUCACUUCCACUAUUUUCCCCUCUCUCCCUGGGCCACGUCGUUCAACUGGGAGGACAGAUGAGAUCACAAUUUGUGCAUUUAAUUGCUUCAAUUUCCUGCCCAGAGCCUCGUAGUCUCUUUUGAUCUUCUGGAGGCUAUUGCUUGCAGUGUCAUUGGUUCCCACAUGAACCAAGAGGAAGGGGUAUUUGUCAGUGGGUUUUAUGAUUCCUUGCAGUCGUUCAGUUACAUCUUGGAUCUUAGCCCUGGGGAGACAGCACACUUCCCGAGACAUCUUGUCAGGCCCACAGAUCACUGCUUCUGUUCCCCUCAGUAGGGAAUCCCCUAUCACCACUACACGCCUCCUCUUAGGUUUGGUCGGGGUUCUUCCGUGAGCUGUCCGUUCCAAGGUCGCCUGCACAUUACCUGAUGACUGACUUUGCUGCUCGUCUUCAUAUACCUGAUCGACUGUAAUGAGGGAGAGAUCCUCAAAUGGAGUCUGCUCUUCGUCUUCCAUGCUAGGGAGAGGACCUCAAAGCGAUUGUGUAUUUCUAAACAAUCAGAGCGAACCCUGGGCCUCCUACUUCUUUGAGUCACGUUUCUCCAUAUAUCUGGCUCCUGUGUUGGUGAACUAGCCUCCUUCUCAGGGAGUCCCCUGUCUCCUCCUUGGUGGAGACGGUGUGCUCUGUUGCUUCCAAGAAGAGCUCCAGCUCUCUAAUUCUUUGGAGCGUAGCUACACGUUCCUCCAGUUGCUGGACUUUGUCUUUUAAGAGGGCAAUCAACAUGCAAUUGCUGCAGGUAAAGCUGCCUGCAACCUUUGGCAAGAUGGCAAACAUUGCGCAGGAACCGCAGGCGACUGCAGCUGUUCCCUCCCCCUCCAUCUUGAGAACGUGUCGUUGGGGGUGGCUACAGCGGUCCUCCAUCAUAAAAAGCGUGAAGACAGGACAAAUAACUCCCCCCCAAAAAACCCCUAGGUCUCCCCCAACAAACGUUUGAGACUAGCUCCCCUAAAUCUAAAAGAUGGAUCAAACUGUGCGCGCCGCUGCCCUGCAAGCUCUGAUAAGCUCCUCCCACAGCUAAUCACCUGCCUCAACAGAAACCCUGCCCCCUCUGACCUUUGCACAGGGAGAACAGCUAAUCAGCCACAAAGAAACACACACACACACACACACACACACGAAAACCCUUUUUGCUCCUUCUUCAACUGCUGCCCAGACAUUAAACAAUGCUUUCCUGACAAUAUGAUUCUUAAAUGCUUUAUGUGCUUUGACCUUAUCAUACCACAGAUAUGCAUGCCAUCCAAAUACAUUAUUAAAGCCUUCUAAAUCCAAAAUGUCUGUGUUUUCAAGAAGCAGCCAUUCUUUCAGCCAGCAAAAAGCUGCUGAUUCAUAGUAAAGUUUAAGGUCUGGCAGGGUAAAUACACCUCUUUCCUUUGCAUCUGUUAAUAUUUUAAAUUUUAUUCUGGGCUUCUUGCCCUGCCAGACAAAUCUAGAGAUAUCUCUCUGCCACUUCUUGAAGCAAUCCAUUUUGUCCACAAUUUGCAAUGUUUGAAACAAAAACAACAUUCUAGGCAAUACAUUCAUUUUUAUCGCAGCAAUACGGCCUAGCAAUGAAAGCUUCAAAUUUGACCAAAUUUCUAAGUCUUUUUUCACUUCCGUCCAACAUUUUUCAUAACUGUCUUUAAAUAAGUUCCCAUUUUUAGCUGUCAUAUUAAUCCCAAGGUAUUUCACUUUCUUAACCACUGUUAAACCUGUCUCAUUCUGAAACCUCUCUCUUUCAAUCACUGUUAAAUUUUUCUCUAAAACCUUUGUUUUUAACUUAUUCAGUUUAAAUCCUGCGACUUGACCAAAUUCUUGAAUCAAUUCCAAAACUCUUUUAGUACUAGAUUCUGGCUCCUGUAAUGUCAAUACGAAGUCAUCUGCAAAAGCUCUCAAUUUAUACUGUCUAGCUCCGACUUGUAUACCUUUAACCAACUGGUCCCUUCUAAUCAUAUUCAACAAAACCUCCAGGACUGAUAUAAAAAGCAAUGGGGAAAUUGGGCAGCCUUGUCGUGUCCCUUUUUCUAUCUUGAAUUCCUCCGUCACCUCAUUAUUAACAAUUAAUUUGGCCUUUUGUUCAGAAUAAAUUGCACCUAUACCAUUUUCAAAUCCUUCACCCACCCCCAUCCCCUGUAAGUUCUUCUUCAUAAAACUCCAAGAGAUAUUAUCAAAAGCUUUCUCCGCGUCCACAAAUAUCAAAACUGCCUUAGUGUUGAUAUUCACUUCUAGUUUUUCCAAAAUAUUAAUUAUAUUCCUCAAAUUGUCAGACAAGUGUCUUCCCGGGAGAAAGCCCGCUUGGUCUUUAUGAAUCUCUUCCAUCAACACUUUUUUCAAUCUCUUGGCCAAAAUAUCUGCAAAAAUUUUGUAAUCCACAUUAAGUAAUGAUAUGGGGCGGUAGUUCUUAAGCUGAGUCUUUUCAGUCUCUGUUUUCGGUAUAAGUGUAAUAUACGCUUCUUUCCACGACUCUGGUGCCCUUUUCCCUUCCAAUAUUUCAUUGCAGACUUCCUUUAAAGGUUGUACUAACCACUCUUUCAAGGAUCUAUAGUAUCUAGAAGUCAGCCCAUCUGGUCCUGGAGAUUUGCCUAGUUGCAUGUUUUGAAUGGCACCUUCUACUUCCUGUUCAGAUAUUUUAUAGUUCAACAUUAAUUUACUUUCUUGAGAGAUUUUUGUAGUCCAUUUAUCUUCAAAAAUCGAUCUAUGUCAAUUUCUUUCUGUGGCCCUUGUGUAUAUAAUUGUUUAAAGUACCUCUGGAAACAGUUUCUAAUCUCAGCUGGGUUCUGUAUGUUCUUUCCUUCCACUUCUAAAUUUAUAAUAGUAUUUAAUUUUUGUCUUUUUUUCAUUUGCCAAGCCAGCAAUUUCCCACAUUUAUUAGCUGAUUCAAAUGUUUUUUGUCUCAUUUGUUUAAUUUUCCAUUCUAUUUCCUGAUUCAUCAUUUCCAUAUAUUGUACUUGAUAUAACUUUAUUUCUCUCAAAAUCUCCUGCGACUUUGGUUUUGCUCUCAAUUUCUUCUCACUUUCUUUUAUUUUCUCCAAAAUUUUAUCUUUCUUCUCAUUUUGGCUUCUCUUCUUUAUUGCAUUCUGUUGUAUCAGGAACCCUCUCAUAACCGCUUUGCUUGCGUCCCAGAUUACUCUUUUUCAACAUUAGUGUUCAUAUUUAUCUCAAAAUAGUCUCUCAAAGUUUUUGGGCCUUCUUAAUCACAUCUUCAUCUCUAAAUAAGGUGUCAUUCAUCCUCCAUCUGAAGGAGCCAGUUGAUAUUAGUUUCAUCUCCAUCCUUACAGCAUUAUGGUCGGAGCAGGUUUUUGGACAAAUUUCCGCUUUCUUUAUCUUUGGUGCCAUUCCUCUAGUUACCCAUAUUUGGUCGAUUCUAGUCCAUGUCAUCUUGGCUUCAGAAAAGAAAGUUCCCUCUCUUCCCAAGGGAUUCUUUGUUCUCCAAAUGUCGACUAAGUCCAAGUUGUCUGUCAUCUCAAAAAAUGUUUUCGGUAGUCUACCAUCCUUGGUGACUACCUGUCUUUGUGCCUUAUCCAUGUUUGUAGAUACUACUCCAUUCAUAUCCCCCAUCAAAAUCAGAUUGUAAUCCAAAUAGUCCAUUAAGGUCUCAUGCAACUUUUUAAAGAAUUCAGAUUUCCCCUCAUUCGGUGCAUAAACUCCUACUAUCAAAAAUUUCUCUCCUUGUAUUUGAAUUUCAAUUGCCACAAAUCUUCCUUGAUCGUCUUUAAAGAUGAAUUUCGGUGAUAGUCUCUCCUUUGCAUAGAUCACUACUCCUCUUUUUUUAACUUUGUCAGAUGAAAUAAACUCCUGUCCCAAUCUCUUGUUAAUCAAUACUUUCCUAUGUAGCCUUAUCACGUGUGUUUCCUGUAGGCAAAUCAAGUCCAAUUGUUCCUUUUUUAGUAAAUGAAAAACACUUUUCCUUUUCCGAGGAGAGUUGAGGCCAUUACAAUUCCAACUUAAUAGUUGCAGAGCCAUGAUGUUAUUACUUUGCUUUACCUCCAACUGCACCAAGUGUUUGUUCUUGUUCUGUCGGUGGUGUCACUUUCUCUGAACCAUGCAAUCCAAAAGAUAAAUUUGCUAUAUCUAAUAUUCCUCUUUCCAGUGCUUUUGGCUCUUCUCCAGAUUCCACUUCUUUCUGUAAGUCUUCUCCGUGGUCUUUCAAGAAUCUAUCUUUGUCAUCGACUGAUCUUAUUUUUAUCUUUCUUCCUUUAUAUUUAAAGGACAGGCCUUGGGGAAAUUCCCACCUAAAGAUGAUUCUGUUACUUCUCAGCAGGGCAACCAGGUCUCCGUAGUUAAACCUUAAGUCCAAAAGAUGUUUUGGAAUGUCCUUAAAUAUCUCCACACUUGACUCAUGUAUUUCCAAAGUCUUUCGGAAGUGCAGAUUCAAGAUUUUGUCUCUCUCCUCUUUUGUUCGAAGGGUAAUCAAACAGUCUCUCACCUUGUUCCUCCUUCCUCCUCUUCCAAGCCUGAAUGCGCUCACUAUCUUGAAUUCUUCCUCCCCCAAAUCCUGUUGCCAGAAAUCUGCAAAUACCUGCGUAAGAAAGUCAAUCAAAUUAUCUUUCUCAAGUUCAGGUACAGCCCUGAUUCCCAAAUACGUUUGUUUUUCCUUCAAUUCAAUCAUAGACAACGUCAACCUGUGGUCCUCGAGUUGCCUAUAUAUCGGUGGUAUCUUCUCUUCAGUAGCAGUUGCUAUGUCCUUUGCUUCUUCAGCUGUCUUUCGGGUCAAAGCAGAUUCCUGUAACAAUUUCUCAAUAGUCUCUGUAUUGGUGUUCACCUUUUGUCCCAAAUUAUUAAUACUUGUAGUAUUUUGGUCAAUUUUAACUAAUGCUUCAGCUACUUGUUUAUUUGUUUCAGCUACUUGUUUACUUAGGUUUUCCAAAGAUUCAUUAAUUUUCCCUAGUGCCAGAGCUAAAACGUCUUCAGACGACAUUCCUUUUGGUUUAACUUGUAGAGGUGCAGCCCCUGAUAAUCCAGAUGGUCCAGAAGGACCAGAUGUUGAAGCUCUUCGCUGCGCCCCAGUAUCUGGACGAAAGGAUCUGCCAGACCUGGUAGUUUUUUCCUGAAUCAACUCUAACUUUCCUCUUCCAUCUGCCAUAACACUCUAACUAAAAUCCAAGGUCAGUCCCACGGCUAGGAUUUAUUUUGAAGUGGAAAAUUCCCCUGGCCCAGUUGUUAUUGUAACAAUGUCAAACCUCCUCUAGGGGGACACAGUGACAGUCAAAACUUGUAACUUUGAAAAGAAAAUAACCUUUUUAAAUCCCCCAAUUCACAACAAGGCAACAGUUUCAAUUGCACUUAACUCCAAUUACUUUGAAACCAGGAGAAGUCCAGAAACACUGUAUCCCUCUUGCAGAGUUAGCUGUCACCAGUAUUCUAUUUGCCAAUAGUGCUUUCACAAAACGGCAUUGCUUGUCCCUAGGCAGUCCGUUCCCAGGUUCUAAGCGGUGGAUUUUAGCUUCCUUUCCUCUUUUUUUUUUGCAGGUAAAUACAGUUCAAACCUUUCUCCCCUCCUCUCCUGCAAUCCGGAGGGGAGAUUGCUUUUCUGAUGUUAGGAUUUAAGUCUUUUUUCAAACGUCUUUCAUAGUUUCCGCUUACAGUCUCUUUGCUUUGAUCUGUUUACAAGAAACGGAAGGCGGACUUCCUGUUUAUGCCUCCCCGCUUCGGUGCCGAAUUAAUUAUUUUCUCCCUUUAAAUCCAAUUUUAUCCUACUCACGGGUAGUUGCUUUUGAAGUCAAAUUGUCCCAGAAAAAAGUCAGCGCUCUCUGAUAACGGCUGUGCGGCUUCACUCCGCGGAAGAAGCAGUCGACUCUCAGCACCGCGCCGCUCACCCCAUUUCGCUCUGGAGCCCGUAAAUGGGUUCCUUCGCAAUUUGGGGGGGCGCAAAAGGUGCCCGCCGAGUCCCACGUCCACAGGCUUCACCCGCCUGUGAUUUUUGAAGGGUCCCCGCUUUCGCCGCAGCAGUCAGACCCGAUCCCGCGGAGCUGGUCCCUCAGAAAGUCAGAGGGAAUCCGCCAUUACCGAUGGCGCCAACCCGGAAGCCGCUCACCUUACUCUUUUGAAGUACCUCAUAACUAAUCUUGAGUGACAUAAACUGAUUGUCCUUGCCCAGUGUUCCAAAGCUGUCAGAUAGGCAACAAUUCAAAGUGUUGGCCCUGACCUUUAAAACCUUAAAUGGCCUCAGACCAGUAUACCUGGACACUGAGGUCCAGCUCCAAGGGCCUUCUGAUGGUUCCCUCAUUGUGAGAAGUGAGGUUACAGGGAACCAGGCAGAGGGCCUUCUCGCUAGUGGCUCCCGCUCUGUGGAACACCCUCCCAUCAGAUGUCAAGGAAAUAAACAACUAUCUGACUUUUAGAAGACAUCUGAAGGCAGCCCUGUUUAGGGAAGUUUUUAAUGUUUGCUGUUUUAUUGUGUUUUUAAUAUUCUGUUGGGAGCCACCCAGAGUGCCUGGGGAAUCCCAGCCAGAUUGGCGUGUUAUAAAUAAAUAAAUAAAUAAUUAUUAUUCUUAGGGGGACCAACACACAGUAGAGAGCAGAUGGGACAGGCAGAUGCCAUCAGAGCAGAUGCCAGGACCCAGCAUUCUUGGGCAACUGUUAGGGUCCCAGAACCCUAACAGAUGCCUCCUAACUUACAAUGUGUGGUAUGAACCUCCCUUUAAAUUUCUAGCUGCCAUUUUGAUUCCCAACCCCACAGCUGUGCUACAUUGUGGGAAAUUAAAAGGGCCCCCCAGGCACACAUCUGUCUGGUCCUUCUCCAAGCACAGAUGCAGCCCACUGUUGCCACCAGGAAAGCCCAUUAGAGCCCUCAGAGGGAGGAGGGAGGGUGCCCACCCAUCACCUCAGGGGCCCUUGUAAUUACACAGAGAUCAGACACUUAUCAAGCUAACCUAGUGUUAUUCUGAAGGGCAGCAAAUUGGAGUCCCCUGAAGAUGCCAAGACAUCUAACUUGUAUCCCAACCCCGCCACCCCUCAUUUCCCGGAACAGGCUUUAGGCCAGCCACCAGAAGUGGAUUUAGGGGAGCAUGACUGGUUCGCCUGCACUGGGCACCGAGCCAAGAGGGGUGCAGGGGUGUUGCAGCAAUGAUAAACAAUGGAAGAUGAGAGGCAGGGAGGGGCAAAUUUUGGUGUUGCCCAGGGUGCCAUUGAAAUUUUAAACUCCAAAGUCCACCAUGACAGCCAUGGUCCUUUCUGUAGUUCAACAGGAAUGUAGAAUGUAGUUUUCUUUGGCAGGGAUCUGUGUCAGACCCAAGGGGGGCCUUUUGCAUCCACCUUGUUUUUGUGCAAUGGCAAUGGAAGCCCCAUUAGUUGCAGCUAUAUUGCCAAGAAUCUAAGCCCACCAUAAGUUGCAUUUGACAUGGUUGAUACCAAACUUGAAGUUGUAGACUGCCUUAUUGCAGCUCUGCAGUAUGGAAAUGCAUGGAGAUCUGAAGUAGCAACAUUUCUGGGCAAGCACACUAAAGAGAACUGCUGUAGUUUGACUGCAGUUUCAUUUGCAUUUGUUAAGCAAUCCAAGAUCAAACAACUGCAGAAUGUAAUAGAAAGUAUUUAUUUUCUCUUUCCACUGCAGAGCAUAACAUUCAGGAAAUUAUACAACAUCUGGAUUGAUGUUUUGCUGGUAGGUGAGAGAAAGCCUCAAUUUCAAGCAAACAAGCUUCGCAAAUGCAUAGACAACUAAAGCUCCCUUCUGCCAGCCACAACCUUCCUUUCUGUCUCUUUAUAUUACACGUGCUGCAGCUUUCUUAUUUGACUUUCUUAUUUGACUUUAUCUGGUAUCUUAGCUGAACGGGGCAAACUGAAGAAAGGCAGAAGAGUCACGUGCAAGAAUCAACUGCUGCCGAUUCUCAUUGCAACUGAGAAGGGUUCUGAGCACUUGGAGAAUAUAUAUCAUCCUGUGUUGCACAAAUUCUGGCAAGAUGAAAAUGAUUAAUUCUGGAAAGAGGCUCAGAAAAAGAGGGACAUGUUGCUUGCCUCUUAAUUAUUCUUACACCUUGAAACAGAAGAGAACUCUCAUGAAGAAUCUCGGUCUAUUGGUCCCCAUUAUAGCUGAGAAGAAUUCUGUGCAUUCGGAAAAUGUUUAUCAUAUUGUAUAUUAUGCAAAGUCCGGUAGACAUAAGUUGUUAAAUUUGGAAAAAGGUUCAGAAAAUAGUCUUCUGGCUCCUUGAUUAUUUCCUUCACCCUGAAAUAGUGGAAAAUGUGAACCCUUUUAAUACCAGUAUGUAAGCAAGCAGUAGUUUAGAUUUGUAUUUUUUAAAAAUAGAAUGUGAAUGUUGGUCUCUGAAUUGGAGCAAAUGCCAAUCCACGGAAAACCCUUUUGCUGUUUGCUCUGAUUCAACAUCAAAGCAUGGGCUUUCCUGGGCAUACUGCUGGGAUAAAACAAAUGCACUCAAACACGGCGCUUUAAAGCCGUGUUUUUGUGCCUAAAAAUUCAGCGCAAAAGGAAGCAGUUUAGCCCUUUGACAUGAAGCUGGUAGCUGACGUGCAAAACUCCACUUGACCACUGGGAGGCCUUUUCAAAGAUGUGAUUAUCUAAGUCCGGAUUCACAUAGUACUGGUUUACAGAAGAGGAAGUACACUGCAUAGAAAUGGCCACUCAGUGUCUCCUCUGCAGAAGGCUAGGGACAGCUGCAAAUCUAGAAAAAACAACUCUCACUUACUUCUCAUCCUUCUCACUGAAGUGCUCCCCCAUAUUCCUGAUCAGCUUCAGUAAAUCUGUCACACAGUUUUCAUAAUCUUUAUUGUUUUUCUUAUUCUUUUUCUUGUCAUUAAAGGGACCAACCAUACAGUCCAAUACAUCCUUAUCAAUCU